AAAGCUGUAACAAUUUGCGUUCUCACUAAAUUCCCAACAACAACAACAACGUUUUUGAAGUGGAAAUGAAAGGCAGUUCAGUAGAGAGACUAGUGUCAGUGUGAAUAUAUGUAUGAGUCAGUAAUUUACCAUACAGAAACCAUACUGAGCAUUCUGUGAUUAGAAAGAGAUUGGUAAGAUGCAACAUUUAAACUAUGCUUCUUUGACACCCAUUUUUCUCUCAGUGUUAAUGGGGGGGACAUGCUGUGCACCCUAACAGAAGAUGCCUUUUACCUUGUUUAUGAAUAUUCUCACACUACGAUCUAAAAAUGUCAUUUUGGGCAUCAGUCAAAACUGAGGCCUACCCUUACCUUUUGUAAUCUGAGAUUAAAAAUUACAUUUACAUUUUCUAUAAAUCUCUUAUUAAAGAGUACUAAAUAAAAAUAAGCACCAUCUGCAUUCAUUCGUCAUUUUUAAAUCACCUGUUUAACCUUCUUUUUCCUAAAUGGUGGCUAAGUGUAUAUGUAGGUCUGAAGGUAUAUAUUUGCAUAUCUAUAUAUAAUAUAACUUCAACAAAUUAUGUGGGAUCACUACAUUGCCACAGGGCUUACUGAUGAUUAACCAGAUAUAUACUUUAGGAAGUGAGGACUGUUUUCCUUCAUGUUUAAUCCCUAGGGAUAGUUUAAUUGUGUACCAAAAGGGGAAAUCCUCAGGGUCCUAUUCAAUAAGCAUUUUUCCCUUACAGACAGAGAGAGAUGCAAAAUAAAAUCUUGCUAAAUACUGCAUAGAAAAUGGUACCUUGCUCUGUUUGCAAUAAAUAUUCUGUGGCUGAAAAUGUGCAUAUUAAUUCUCUGAAUUAAAUGUAUGACUCAAUAGAUAUGUUUAUAAUCAACAUUUUCACACAUUGUGUGUGUGUUUUUAUUUAUAUAUUAUAAAUAUCUCUGUGUUUAUUGAUAACAUUGUAAUCUGGUGCUUUAUUAACAAUUACAUAUUGAAUUCAUAUAAUAUUUUUCCAAUAUGUUUCUAUUUAUACUGUAAUAGUAUCAUUGCCUAUAUGCAUGAAAACUGCUAAACAGUACACCUGUUUAAACCAUUUAAAUACAUUUAUAAUGCAUACAGUUAUGAAAUCCACUUAUAACAAACAGAACAGCUGACGAGUCAAAAUAUAUACUGCAGGGCUACAUUAAAAUCGUUGUUGCCUGAAGAAUGAUUUUAUAUAAGAAUCCUUAAUUGAGAGUUUAUUGGAAUUUGUAAGUAUUGAUAUUUUAUUUAAACCUGGUCAGAGUUCACGUGACCCUGGGAAAUUGAAUAUAUUUGGUUCUCGGGCUUCAGACUAGAUUUCAUUUUGGUGAAUAUAUACAUAGUAUAUAUUGUAUAUCAUCGAUAUUAUCAUCUCAGUGCUAUAGAAGCACUGUCAAACGCAAUAGCUUAAAAAUAUUUUUUAUCAAACAGUUUAAAAUGUAUAUCCUUAAAAUAGUUUUUAAAAAACGGUCCAGUGGCUUUCAAUCUCUAAAAGUAAAAAAAAAAGUAAAAUUAUAUCUGGACUGGUGUUUUUGUAAAAUUAUUUUGGUAGAGCCAAUGUUUGAGGAAUAGAUCAUUUUGUCAGGAAAACUAUACAUUGUAAAUAUGAUUCCACAUUAAAGUUAUUAAUGCAGGCCAUAAGAUAACAUGUGCUUUAUAUAUUACAUUAACUCUCGCAUUACUUGAGGUGCUUAUAUAUAUAUAAAAAUAAAUAAUGCUUGAGGUAGGAAUUAGAGUGGAAUUAUGUGCAUAUACAUGUCUUCUUUUUUAAAGCCUCUUAUUUUAAAAGUGUAAUAAUUAUUGUGAAUACUAAAACAGAACAAUCCUGUGUAUGAUGGUAUAUUGCAUUAGUGUGUAUACCAUCACAGAGGAAAAAUAACUGGAUCAGUAUGUUGGUCUUUUGGUAAGUUAAGUAAGUCACAUUUAGUGAUUUAAAUCUUUAAUGCGUGUUUGCAGAUGAAGUAUGGGAUUAUGUAUUCCAGUUUUAGGGAGUGGCUAUUUGGGAUCUUAUUUUUGGCAUGGUUUUCAGGUGGUACAUGUGCAGAACACUUAGAGGGUUCCAUGGCAUGGACAAAACUUGCCAUCAGCUGUGCCCUCACCGUAUCUGGGAGGAUUAAAAGACAAAUACAUGUUAUGAAUUAAACUAUGAACUUUUUUAUAGAUAGAAAAUAUGUAAGAAAAUCGUUGUUUAAAAAAAAAAAAAACAAACAACUGUUAUUCUGAACGAUUGAGACAUCACUGAGAUGUUGGUUUAGCACAUGUGCAUUUUAUUGCAUACUUUUAUUUUACGUUAAACAAAAAUAAGUGCAAAAUCCUUGAUUUGAAUACCAGAUUAUCAAUUACAUUAUUAAUUCAAAAAUGUAUUUCUAUCAUCUUUUUUUUUUUUUUGUUCAUCUAUAAACAAUUGUUCUACUUUAGCAUUUAUCAAAGGUCAAACUUCAAAUACAAUCCCCAUAACACAGGAGCCUUUAACCCCUUAAGGACCAAACUUCUGGAAUAAAAGGGAAUCAUGACAUGUCACACAUGUCAUGUGUCCUUAAGGGGUUAAAUUAUAUAUAAUGUGUAGCAUUGUGACAAUAUCCAGGUCCAGAAUACCAUCUUCUAUUGCUGCAGUUAUUGGUAACAUUAUUGAUCAAGAGCUGGAAAUGUGGCUACAUUUUUGGAGCAUAUAAACUAUAUGAUGGCUGGUAGUGCAUUAUGGGAGCUGUAGUCCAACAGGUGCUGCAUGUUUCAGAUGCUCUGAGCUACACGGUACUAACCUCAAACUGUAAGAUAUACAAUAGAGAAUACGUAAAGCAUAGUGCCCACCUGCCAGGCUGUGACAGUCCUGUUGUAUUGCGAUGUAUUUUAUUUUACUCUCAUUAUGCAGCACAUGAGUGUUUGCAUAGCUUUACAUUGAAUAGCUGUCUAAAAUGAGAAUUUCCUGUCAUGGGAAGUGCAUUCACAAUGCCUGCUAUUAUAAAGCCUCAGUUUUGUAGCCUUACAUGAGAAAAGGAUGGCUGGAUCUUUGUAAAUUCAAUCAAUACUAACCUUAUUGGUAUGAAGGAAAUGCUAUAGUUCGGUGAUGGGGUUAAGCAGCUGUAAUUUUUAUUUUACUCCUUUCUGUCGAGAUAUUAAAGUGCACGGGUAAUAAACCUUUAGUCGUUUAGUUAUACUGUUAAGAGGCUUACUCCUUCAAGUGCUAAAAAGAUACACCAGUGUUAACAAUAGUUAUUACAAACGGCUGACUGAUGGUCUAUUAUAAAACAUAAAGUAAUAUUAUUGUUGGGGCUUUGGCCUGUGAAGAGUUGGAUAGAAGCCUCAGAGCCCUGGCUAUGACCUUUGACAGGUCACUAAGGGGAUGACAAACGUGUGGAUCAAUAGCACAGGGUAAGUGGUAAUAUGUGCUUCGUGAAUAAACCCAUUUAUUUUGUGUGUACUAUUGUUAAUGGUACACGGCUGCAAAUCCUGUUUGUGCUGCAUUAAUUAAAUUCUUAUUUUACCUGAUACUUGAUACACAGAAUAGAAGGGAUUUGAUUACUAAGAGCUAGUAUUUUUUUUUUUUUUAAACUAUUUCAUAAUAUCAUUAUUAAACAGAGUGCCAUUAUUCUUUUUUUUUUUUCCUCUCCCUAUUUACUUGUUUGUACACCAGGAAAUCUCGAAAUAUUUUGUAUUACUUGCUUCUAUCCCCUAUUGAUAUCCUGCCCAGUUACUGCUUGUUCAGCUGAUAAUUCAAACUCCAGUCUACCAGGACCAUAGAGUCACAGGGUUUCCAGGAAUAUAAUAAGCCUACUGUUCAGUGAUACACACUAUUGUUUUAUUACCUGGCCAUUGCACUAAUUCUAAUCAUUUGGCAGGAUUGUUUGCAGCCCACAUUCUGUACAAAUACCCCCCCUAGUUGUGUUGGUUUUUUUUUUCUAUUUUUUUACAUAAUGUAUUUUGCAUAUGUUGACACAGCACAGCAUUCCAUAAACACUACAUUAAGUCUUAUGAAAUUAUUUUGUUAUUGCAUUAGAUCCAACAAAUCUGAAAGUGAAGUGUCUAAAGGAUUCUCUUAUGCCUAAAAAUAUUUUGUAUUAACUCUUUCAUCAUGAUUAUAUAUCCAUCAUAGAUAGACCAACAGCAUUUUUUUUUUUUUUUGCAGUUUUAUUUAUAUAUCAACAACAGCUAAUCAUUGUGCAAUCACUUUAUAGUGUUUGGUCUGCCCUAGAUUGCAAGCCCUUUUGGUUAUGUUUUAACAUCAUAUAUCUAUCUUCACUCUUUUUAUCUCUGCUUAUGAUAUUAAACGCUGCAGACUUAAUUGAAGCUGUAUAAAUAAAAGUUUCAUCAAAAUAACUGCAGUCAAGUAAAAAAAAAAUCAGCUCUGAAGUUUGUUCUCUUUUCUGUUCAACACUGGAGUUCUGCAGCUGUACUACCCAUCAAUAUUACAGGCCCUGACAAUUCACAGUAUCCUCACUGUAUAUACAGAGGAGGCAGUAAAAAUGAGUACUAAUCAAUCUUUCAAGGAGAAGCAAUGAGUAUUAGAAGCCUGCUAUCCUGUGACUAAACACACCCCUUUUAUGGAGUGUUGGUGCUAAUAAAGGACAGCUUAUUACUGAGGCAGAGACCAAAGCUUGGGUGAGGUCAGCCAUGACUGGCAGUCAUCAGUCAUUCUUAAUGAUACUUUUUCUCUGCUUUCUAAGGGAUUCUGAGCUGAGUGCAAAUCAUUCGGGGUCAUCCAUAGUUCAUGUACCCACAGAUGGCAAGGUUUGAAAGACUUAGUUUAAACUUGUAAAAUUGUUUUCUUUCUUUUAAAAUUGGUAAAUCACACGCUCUCGGUUUGUGCAUACACAUUUUGAUUGUGCAGUAUGUUGAUUUUUCACUUUUUUUUUUUCCAAUCUUUAAGAACCUAGAAAACGUGUCCUUUUUUUUUUUUUGUAAGAACUCCAUAAUUUUUUUAAUUUUUUUUUUAUGUCUGUCUCCCGUAAUAAUUACCUUUGAUGUCUUUUGGUGACUAAAGAGGGCUUAGCUGGAUUUCUCUACCUUCUUAAAUUUCGCAAAGUGAAACUCAGCUAGACCCUGACAGAUGUCUGUUCCUCACCUUCAGGAUUAUUUUAUAAAUCCCUUUUUGAUGAGCGGAAGUGUCAAAUCAAGGACAGGUCAUAAAGAAAAAGUAUAAACGUUUUAUGGGGAGACCUUGGUAAUAUAAACAUUCUGUACACUAUCAGAAUCCUGAACGGGCUCAAGCAAAAUUAUAUGGUACCAAAGGGAUGGCAGAAGUUUCAAAUGCCAGUUUGUCUGUAUGUGUUUAUCUUUUCCCUUGAAGAUUUUCCAGAAGGUAAAUCUACUGUACAUUUAUACAUUUUAUUGCUUAAAACUUAUAGGUACCAAAAAGUCAUGGCUAACAUAAAGAAAGUAAACCCUUUAGUCACAAAAGGCUUAAUGUUUUUCUGUUAAACUAGAAGAUUUGCUGAAAAUGUUAUAACUGUGAAGGAAAAACAAGAUAUAAUUUAGAUAUUUGCCAAUCAAUUGGUUAAUAUAUUGAUUAUUUUUCUGUGGCAACCUUCAUGUUAAUUUUCUUAGGUUUUUUUCCCAUCAUAGUUGUGCAGCUCAAAAAUUUCAAAAAUUACACCUUGAGUACCAGACAUUAAGGCAGCUAAUUCUUCUGUACUCCAAAGGGCUUUGAAAAGCCACGGACAAGAGAUUUGUGACAACUCAUGUAUUUAGCAAAAUUUAAUAUAGGAUGGAAUGCAUGUUUUAUUAUUUUUAUGGUCUAUUUUAUGGUAUGCAUAUGGUGAAUUAUCACUUAAAACUACACAGACAUUUUUUAUACAACAAUUCCAUAAAUUAAUAAUUAAAGGAGCACGAUCUGGUCAGGAACACAAACAUGUAUUCCUGACUCUAUAGUGCAAAACCCACCAUUUAGGUGACUUGCCCCCACCAGCCCCCUUAAAAAUUAAUAAAACUCAUCUUAUUUCCAGCCCGCCAGCGCUGGCCCCACCCCCUUAGUGACAUAAUCUCCAUAGCAAUAAUACUCACAAAAAAAAUGUAUCUUUAAACUUCAACAAAUGUGUUUAGAAAUCAGUCCGUGUAAGUAAAGUGCAUUGUUCUUGUUUUACAUUACAUUUUAUCUGUACGUUAUUAGUAAGUCAUAGUAAGUUUUAUUAGUAAGAAAAGCACUGUUCCUGGCCACACACCUGCCUCACAGCCUUAAAAUUAAAGUGUACCUCUUUGUCUAUUUGAAAUGUUAGGAGGUGUGGUAUUCAUCUGACACUUAAGCCAUUUUAUACAGUGUGGGCAUAUUCUUGAGCAUCUGAAUAAUUUCUUAGGGUUCUUCUAAUGUUUAUCUCUUUAAGUGUAAAUGAAGUUGAGAAACAGUCGAUUAACAAGUCUAAAAGCAAUGACCAAUACCUGAAGCCUGUAAUAUCAUUGCUGUUCUGUGUUGCAAUGUGUCUCAUGAAGAGUUGGGUACUUUAGAGGAAUUUGGUGCAGACCAAAGCAUACAAUAAUGGCAUCAAUACAAGGUCCAAAUAGUGUCUGCCUGCCCCAUACGUAGGCAUGGUGAUAGCAUGUGCAGUAAGCUAACCAGCCAUAUAUGCACAGUCUUUAAAUCAAGCACUUGUGAACAUUAAAGGGACACUGCACAAAUGUAAAAUAAUACCCCAAACGAAAACUUGCAUGCAUUUAAUGAUGCAUUGUUUUUUAUAUUAAUGUGCUAAAACAAUUUGCAAGACCUGCAUUUUUCUUGCCUGCUGCCUUUGCAAACCCUCCCCUUCUAACCCAGCCCAGUCAUUCUGUGGCUGUCCGAUCAUAGACUUCUCAAUUUCAUUCAAAAUCAAUACUUAUUAUUUAAAAAAAAAUUACAGUCUUGUCUCGUGCCCUUCCAACUCCUAGUGAAUCUUCAGCGAAUGCCUGUGGUGGGUAAAUGUCAUAGUAGGUGUAUGGCUUAACACAGAGUUACAAGCAGUAAAGUAGAGAGAGAAUAGACUAUAUUACUGGUCCUUAGAAUUGCUGGGCUUACAGAUAGGAAAGUAGCCAGGAACAACCAUUAUAGUUAGCCAAGGCUUAGGAGAUCAGAAGUACCGAGGUCAAUAGCUGAGCCAAGGUCAGGGUCACAGAGGUCUUUUUCAGAAUCUUUAUGCAGAGCGUGAAAAUACCGAAUGUUGGUCCACCACUAAAAUUGCAGGGCUGCAAUAGAAAUAAUUGCUGCCUCUAGAGGUGUCCUCUGAAAAGGUAGUGUCUACAUUUGUCAAGUUGUAGGUCAGUAUGUUUGUACCAGAACCACUACCUUUAGCUGUAGUGGUUCUGAUUCGUAGAGCACCUCUUUAAUAUGGUAUUCCAGGUUUUAAUAACAAACAAACACGGCCCGCCUGAGGAGAAAACUCAUAUAGGCAUGGCUGUAGUGUAAAUAAUGCCUCACUGGCAGGUGGUACACUUUAUAGUAUACUAACCAUAUUGGAGAAAAGCAAAAGAUAAGCGUGAUAUCUUGCACAGUGUGUAUUACGUAAGAUUAUAUAUAUAAAUAUAUAUAUUUUCAUCAGGACAGGAUUGUUUAUAUAUAUAUAUAUAUAUAUAAAGCGUGUCAGCCUGUCAGCCCGACCCCAUACAUAUGCAUGGUGUUAGCACGUGCAGUAAGCUAACUAGCCAUAUACACUCUUUAAGUCAGACUUUUGUGUUUUGAAAAAAACGUAUGAAUGGUUUUAAUUGACUAUAAUUUAAAAGUCCUGAUGAAAGUUUGAUUUGCAAACUGAAAUGUUUACAUUUUAAUUUUUGAGCAAAUAAAAGUUCUAUUUCAAGAUUAAAAUUAAAAGAACUCCUGGGACUGCUAUCUGGAUAUUGGUUAUAUACAUAUAUAUAUAUAUAUAUAUAUAUAUAUAUAUAUAUAUAUAUAUUUAUUUUUUUUACAAUAUUUGAAAAUAAGCCAAAUUAUAGAUCCAUGCGCAGGCAAAGAUCCAUUGCUUGGGAGCUCUUCACAGGUUUGGUAAUUAUUUUUUUUAGGACUUAUGGAAAGCAUUAUCACAUUUAUUAAUUGAGUCAUUUUCAUUAAAAUAAUAAGAAACAUGCUCAUGUUAAUAAAUGAGUAUUAAACCAGAGAAUUCAACUAAGAUAACAUUACUAAGAAAAUUACUUAAUUGUAAUCUUUAAUGUAGAGUAUGAAUUGACCUACAAACUGCCAGUUCGCUAUGAGUUAGGGGAAAAAAAGCCCUCACCUACAAAUUAGACAUUGAGACAUGUGACAUAGGUAGAGUGUUUACAUUUAUUGUCUUUAAAGUAGAUAAAAUGUGCAAAAUACACAUUUGUUGACAUGUUCUUGACAUGAUCCUACCUGAAGAAAUAACUAAACUACUGGUGAAAAUAUUGAAAUAGCUUUUUUCUUUUAUAGAGCAGCAUCAAUAUAUUUGUUUGACGCUUGAUGGGUAUCAUAAACUCCAUUUUAUGAACAGUGACAGAUUAGUACAUCGUGUAGUGAAGAAUCUGCUCACAAAUCUACUAUUCAUGGGGAAUUGUUGGAUGAGUGAAUUGUAGAUGGGAGAUGAGUUGGUCCAAUAGGUGAAAAUUUGAGGCUUGUGUCAGCUAGACAAGUGGUGUAAAUGGAGGAUUAAGGUGGAUCAUAGAUGAAUGGGGUUUAGGCUGAUUUAAUGUGCUACAGAUUAGCUUGAAAUCUUGUUCCAUAGAAACAAAAUGAAUGAGGAGUCUGGUGGGUAUGACAAAAAAAAGGGAAAACAGUCAUGGAAAUACUUGUAUCAAGGAGCAGAAUGUUUGAGUGGGUUUAAAUUGCAGGAACAUAGUUUAAAUGUAAUUUCUGAACAGUUUUACCUGCAGAAGCUACCACGAAUUUGAGCAGCAAAUGAAGAUGGAAGUUUCAGGAAGAGAAGGCUGCUGGUAGUAUUUCGGUUAACUCGCUGUUGUAGAAUGUAAGUGAGAGCAAUGCAGUCUUAGAGGUGGUUGCUGCAGUCAAAAAAAGAGAUUAAAAUGGUUUAUGUAAUGUAUAGGCGAGAAAAAGAUGGAUGCUUUAGUUUGAAAAGCACACGUGUGCAAAAUGUUUCUUUGAUUCCUGGACUACAUCACAUUAUUUUAUUCUUUAUUUAUUCUAUUUAUAAAAUAUUUUACCAGGAAGGAUACAUUGAGAUUUCUCUUGUUUUCAAGUAUGUCCUGGGUUGUACAUUAAAAAUCAUUAUACAAAAUAUGACUGAACUGUGCACAGGGUAACCGUAAUAUUGUAACAUCACUAGAAAAUACAUUUUAUGAGCAAGAGACAAAAUAAAAGCAAAUCAUCUGCAAAUUGCUGGAUGAAUGAGAGGGGCAAAGGCAGCAUGGAGGCAUGCCAAUGACAAAGCCGAAAAGACAGUCUGUUAACCUGGCAAGGUGACCCACUAGAAUAGAAAUGCCCCGAAAUCACCAGUAACAGCCAUAAGUGUAUUUAAAUACAAAUCAAGACUGUUUUGCCAAAUUCAAGACUGGUUGCAACUAUGCCAAAAUAUGUGAAUUUUUUUGUUUGUGAUGUUAUUUUUCAAAAAUGUGAUUCUUAAAUAUAUUUACACUAAUAGUACUACAAUGGCAUUUUUUUUUUCUUUAAAUCUCAAAUGUUAGAAGUAUUGGUGUAAUUGUUUUGUGAUAAGUCUUUUUUUUAUUUUGUCUUGACUUGUCAAAUUGUUGUGUAGCCCAAUUAAGCAAGAAUAAAUGUAUAUGUGUAAUAUAUGUAAAAUAUAUUUUCUUUUUUAGGCUCUAUAUAUAUAUUUGAUUCUGAUGCUUCAGAGCCCAAUCUGGGUUCAUUUGAUUAAACCAAAUUCUCAAAUUGUAAUCCGUGCAAAAAUGAUCACAUUUGAGACACUUCAUGUCCCUGUGUGAAUCCAUUUAAUAAUGACCGGGCUAAGCCAUUCACGCAGAAGAAGUCAGAAGGAUAUAUUUCAGUAUUUUUGUAUUAUUAUUUUUGCAUCACUGCUUAUACAAUUCUACAUUUACAAAGCAUAAAAAAUUAUGCUCAAAGAUCAGAAUGUAAAAUAUUUUUGUUCUUCUUCAUGGCACAAUAAAAUGCUAUAUAUAUUAUCUUGUAUAUUUCUUUAGUACCUGUGUUACUCAUGACACUUUUUCAUGUUCAGCUUUUUUUUAGAUUAACCUUUAAAUUGCAAAAAGUUGAGUGGAGUUAUUUGUUCAGCCUUCUGGCAGAUCUAAAACUUAAAGGACCACUAUAGUGCCAGGAAAAUAAACUUGUUUUCCUGGCACUAUGUAGUCCUUAGGUCCCCCCACACACUCAUGGUUAAAACCCCUUCAGCCACUUACCUUUCUCCAGCGCUGGGCUCCCUCGGCACUGGGGAACGCUCCUCCUCCUGCCGACGUCAGCGGCAAAUGCGCAUGCGCGGCAAACCGCCCAUAGGAAAGCAUUACUCAAUGCUUUCCUACGGACGUCAGCAUCUUCUCACUGUGAUUUUCACAGUGAGAAUCGCGGAAGUGGACUCUAGCGGCUGUCAGUGAGACAGCCACUAGAGGCUGGAUUAACCCUUAGUGUAAACAUAGCAGUUUCUCUGAAACUGCGGGGUUAAAACUAGAGUGACCUGGCACCCAGACCACUUCAUUGAGCUGAAGUGGUCUGGGUGCCUAUAGUGGUCCUUUAAACCAUUUUAUAUCUCCCAAUAUUUAACACUGCCAUUGUUUGAUACAGAUUACCAACUGCUGACUAACCAACUACCCCGCAAGUUAGUUAAUUAGUUUGCGCAUGUGCACAUUGGCAUUAAAUAUGAACCAAGGCAAUAUUUUGAAACCGUGAUACACAUGUGAAGUUAAGCUUGAAGUGUUUUAUGUAGAUAUUUGGAUUUAAGCAAGGAGAAUCAAGUUGUGCGCAUUUACUGAUAUUUCUAGUCACUCUGAAAAUACUUUUUUUUCAGAUUUAAGUAGUUAACCCUUUGCUCUAUUGUUCAAAACAAUAUGUAGGCUUAGAAGUUACAAAUACCAGUGGUGUCAAGUGUCAGUGACGUAUUAAAAAUCUAGGUUGAUUAUCCUAAGGUUUAAAUUGUGAACAAGAGUUAAAGGUCUGAAGUACUCUGUUUGAAAGGGCAGGAGGCUAGUUUUAAGAAUCACACUUAGGGGGGAAAAAAAUUUAAAUUUUUUCCCCCCUAAGAACAUUUUUGUGCUUUAAGUAAUUACAAGUAGAAAAAGAUGCUGGUUUCACUCCAGUUCAGCAGCACAACUUGUGGCUCUUUCCAGAAUUUUCUACACAUGGCUAUUGGUUAAACCUGACUAAGCCUUUGAUUCUUUCCUGAUUACACUAUUCAAGACAUCUAUCAAACACUGUCUUAUCUGUUUGCAAGGCGGCUCAGGCCUGUGAUUUAAGCUUUGGCUACAAGUUGGAGUGUGAUUAAUAAUUGACUAAUGUAGCUUUUAUUUAUCACAGGCUAGCACAUUUCGCCAUUAUCCAGCUAAUUUAUGUUAAGUGUAAGAUGUCGUUCAAUAUAUUUUUUUCUUAAAGUUAAAGAAAUCGUACGUUUACAUUUUUUUUUCUUCAAGAAACAAAAUCCUUACUCAGUGUGAAUAUACAUAGUGCCAAAAAAGUUGAUUUCCUUUUCAGUAGAGUCAUAUAUCAUCAGCCCUCCCAGCUGCAGUGUCAGCCAGUGACAGAAUGACAUGUGUCAUUUAUCAAAGGGGCCAGGGCAGGCCUUGGGAAACAUACAGGACAAAGCCUGAGAGAGUUCAUUUUGCAGUCCCCUCCUACCCUCUCAGAGCCUCUUGCCAGGAAAGUCUGUGAUGUUUCUGUCUUCACAGUGUUACUGUAAGUUAUUCAAAAUUCACAGAAUUAACCCUUAAUCACAUUGUUUGGAUCAUCCUGAAGCAGUAUGGCGAAGUUUAUUGUUUGGGAUAAACUUCCAAAUUGGAUAUUAAAUCUUCAUUCCAAAAUAUCUUAUAGAAAACAUUCUGUAGACCGAAAACUGGCAACAUUCUUUUAUUUAUUUAUUUAUUUUUUAAUUGUAACAGUCCUCAUUUUAUAUUUCCUGUCUCACAUAAAGUCCUCAUCUGGACAUUGCCUAUUGCACAAAAUGAAAUCAUGGAUGACAGAAUCUUAUGUAUCAGAAGUUUGGGGUUGCAGCCUCCAAGAUGGCUGCUGCUGUGCAUGUAAGAGAAUUAAAGCUCAAUCACUGUGGUGGCCUAUUUUAGGUUUUUAUAGCUAUGCCAUUUAACUCUGAUCAUUAAAGUGAUGUAUUUUAGCUCUGUUGGACACUGGUGAACUUUAAAAGGGUUAUUCAGUAAAGUUAGAAUUCACAGUGAAUUUAAUGGUUAAGGCCAUAGUAGCGAAAUUUAAACAUUUGCAGUUCAGCUAUUUUGAUCUUAAAUUUGAAAUACACUUUGAAUUCACUUUGAUUUUUCCCUUUAGUGAAUAACCUUGCAUGUAUCUACAUUUCAAAAUGGCCCAACUCCACAACUAAUAUCAUUUUGAAAGAAGUAUCAUUUGGCAAAGAAGGAAUAUCCACUUUAUGUACUUUUCCAAAUAAAGCUUCUUAAAGUGAACAUGUCAUCACGACAAGGUCACAUUCUGACAUUUAAUAUGUAUCAGCUAUUCUACAUAUUAUAAGAUAUACUUACCUGCAGAAUUCCUUAACACACACUCUGCAUGGCUCCCUAAAAUGGAUGGGAUGGCUGCUCAAUAAUUACAUAAACAACACAGCACAAUUCAUAGUUUGCCAGUGUCCUAAGGGAUUUAUUUGCUAAACUCUGCUUUGUAGUGAACUGAAAAUCAAACUGCAAAAUCCAGGCUAAAAUAGCCAUGUUUUUAGCAUAAACUAUGGAGACUUGUUUGUCCUAGCUCAUAUAUUGUAUCCUUAAUUCUGCAAUUCCAUUUUCAAUUCACCACAAUUUGGCAUUUAGUAAAUCAACCCUCUGGAGCUGUGGGAUAUGGACAUGCCAUUCGCACCAGCUGCUCGUGCAGCCGUUUGUGGCACUUUUACCUACUGAAAGCAUAGCAUUAAAACUGAGAAAGGUCAAAUUACACAAAAAAGCAAAUGCAUACUUUAAAUCGUAUGUUCUUUUAAGUGACACUAAGUCACGACAAGUGCACUUUAGCAAUGUCCCCAACAGACUGAUUUCUUUGCAAGAAACAUUUAUUAAAUUAAAACAUUUCAUUCAGAGUCACUCUUGAAACUUGUAUCUGUAGUAUCAUUGAGAGUUAGAUUUCUUCUCUGGCUAUGAAUCAAGCAAAAUUUAACAGAUGUAGGGACGAUACUAUUCCCAAAAGAAGAAAAUAAAAGAUUGGGAUGCUCAGUACAUUUUAUUAUUAUUUUUUUCAUAUAGAGAAACUCGAUUCAAUGCAGCACUACUUUGCAUCAAUAUUUGUGCUCUAAUUUCCUGCACGUCAAGCAUGAUAAAUAUUUGUUCUCCAAAUAUUUUCCUUUCAUUCUAACCCUAAUUUCUUCAUUAUUUAAAAUGCAAAACGUUUAUAUAUAUUUUUUGCAGUGUUGAGAGGAUAUUUGUCAUCGUCACUCGUAUUUUUUCUUCAUCCAGUAGGCAAAUUAGAGAGCUCAGGUGGUUUCUCUUGGUUUUAUCUAGGAGUCACAAUUAGGCCGUGGGAAUGAAUGUUGGUCUAAUUUAUUCCCAGACUGCAAGUUUUAAUACAGUAUGCGUUGGCCAUGUUUAUCAAUGAAAACCAUUAGCAGAAACUUGCCGAUUUGUGCAUGAAGUUUGAGAAUAUGCAAAUACACAAUUCAGAUUUGCAAUAAUAUUAUUGAGAUGAUUUUCAUAAACAACAUCUUUUUCGCCAGAUCAGCAAGAUACUGUCAUAUAAACCUGCAGCCCAACAUUGACAUUGAAGCCGAUAUAACCCUAAAAGGGACACUACAGUUUGGACAUGAUCCAUUCUUUAAUGCAAUAUAGAUAAUGCAUUAAAAUAUACAAAUGUUCAUUUUAAAAAAUAAAACAAAAAAUAAGUUCCUAAAGCUGUUCCUAUUGCACAGACAGGCACCAGCAGAAUACAAAUGACUCUACACCCUCUCAUUCUAGUUUAUGGUAUCAGAUAUUAUCCCUUCAGUUCCUCUCCAGCAGCGGUUUAUGGAAUAAGUAGUGCAGAUAUGAUGAGUUUAACUGUAGAAUAAACUGCUAGUAGGUUAUUGCGUGUAGGCUGUGCUUAGUCUUCUUCCAAGCAGGAAGUACCACAUGCUUUUAGCCACAGCUUUGAUCCAAGGUAAAGGAGUGCAUGGUUGGAUAUAUAAAUUGGAUGGAUUUGGAUAGCAAAGGAGGAAGUAUGAAAAAAUACCUGUUUUAUGUCCACUAGAGAAAGAACAGACCUAUAGCUAAACUAAUUUAUGCAAAUGGUUGCAGUUCUAAGUCACUGUGUGUGGGGCACAGUGAAAGGAGGUCUUCUUGCACCAUAAAUUAUACAAUGAGCAUAGGUUGUAUGGUACUAAGCAUAGGCAUUGCUAGGGGCAGGAGGGGGUGCUUUAUGGGCUGAAGCACCAGAUGUGGGAUUCUUUGGAGGGUUUGUAAAGGGGGAACAGAAUUUUAGGAUUUAUUUUUUUCUCUGCACAUCAGGCAACUGACUCUCAAACGAUCACCAGUAUAGUGCAUCUCCAGGGUUCUUAAGUGAAAAUAAUUCUGCAACCCCAACCUCCAGGUAGCAGUCGGAAGGGGAUCAGAGUUAAUUCUGUCAACUAACAAUUUUAGUCCACUAAAACUUUUGAGAUUUAGUCGACUAAAACUAGACUAAAGCUAAAUUGAAAUUUGCCAUCAAAAUUUACACAGCACAGAGAGGCUAUGAAAGGGGCAAAAUAAAUAGACCAGGGUUUGGGAGAGAAACACCCAGAGGGGCUGGGAGGACACAAAUAGACACAGAGGGGCUGGGGAAUGGACAAGAGAGAUAGAUAGAGAGGCUUUAACUAAACCCAUUAGAUUUUAGUCGUGUCAACUAAAAUCUCCAGGAAAUGUAGCAGACGAAAACUAGACUAAAACUAAAACAAUUCAGAUAACUAAAAUGGCUUUUUAGUCUAAAGACUAUGACUAAAAUUAAAUUGAAAUUUGCCCCCCAAAUUAACACUGGGUCUGUGGUGUAUGCCUUUUCCACUGCUUAUGCAGGAUUGCAAUGAAUACCUGGCUAUACUUUACAACCUUUCAAAUUAAAAAGGAGGGACACUUUCAUUUUCAGAGGUGUCAUUAGGGGCUGUUCUAAGAACAUUUUGGUUACUGACUAGUAACAAUUUAUGCAACUGAAAUGUAAUUUAAAACAAGAGCAAUGUAUCCUACUGACAUACUCAUUUCUAAAAAAUGUACUGUAGGUCAAAGAUACAUUACUGUGAGUAUUAUCACUGAGGUGCUCUGUUUUACACUUAGAUAAACCAAAACUAUGGAGCUCCAAGAAAAUAGGAAAAUGAUGAUAGAAAAGUGGUACAGAGAGAUUUUGGCCCUAAAUAGUGAUUGUCCCUCCUGAAUAGGGAAACUUGGGAGGCAUGCAUAGUUUGGCAAGGUUUGCAUAGUGAGUAGGGAUCUGGCUAGUAGGGAGGUGCUUAAGAAUAAUGGGUCUUAAAUUUUGAUCCAGGCUGAAGCCCAAUGUGUUCGUCGAAGCUAGCAAUGCAUAUUUAGAGUGACAUUUGAAAUACUCUUGGGUACCAAAAGGGUUAAAAUCACAUGUGAACAGGGAUGGCUGAACUAUGAUUUUAGGAAGCUAUACAGAAUCUGAUCACUAGAGUGUAGCCAAGUCAGAUCACGGUCGGACCACAACCAACGCAACUUGACUGCUAUUGUUGACAUAUGAUUUUUACCAUUUUUCUGUUUGUUAUAUAGGUGACUACAAUUUGUUGCUUGGUGUGUGCAAAUGUGGUAAAUGUUAUCCCAACAUUUAGCUAGAAGAGAAACCUGUUCCUCCAUGUAACUUUUAUAUAUUAGUAUGUGUAUAGAUAAAAACACAUUUAGGUGGCCUGCCCUCCCUUGUCCCUGUUAAAAAGAUAUAAAACUUACCUUUAUUCCAGCGCUGCAUGAGUCUUGCCGCGCCUGGCUUUGCCCCCGUUCCACCUCCUUUGCUAAGCUCAUCAAAGUUAAAAAUAUCAGCCAUUCAAAUGCAUUCCCAUAUGAUACAUGCGCGGCAAAACACUGUGCCAAUCACCAUCUCCUCAUCGGGAUUCAUUGACUCAGUGCAUCAGUCUGGGGAGCGUUCAGCAUCUCCAUGAAGAGCGUAGACACGUUGAACGUGAGAUAGGAAGAACCUCUAAUGGCAGCCUGAGUGACUGCCACUAGAGGUGUUCCUAGGCAGUAAUGUAAACACUGCCUUUUUUCUGCAGGGACAUUAAGCUGUAGUUGCUCUGGUGACUAUGGUGUCCCUUUAAUGUUUAAUGUAACUCUGCUAACUAAUGUCUACACACAUGCCUUUCAUUAUUCAGCAAUGUGUAUCUGAAACAAUUAACUGAUUGUUCAUGCAAGUAUAUUAUAUUACAAAAACAUUAAUAGAAUAUUAAAAUAAUACUGCAAUUACCAAAUAUAAUCAAAAACAGUCAAAAUUGCAUUAAAUGCCUAUAGCUUCCGAAAAAAUGAUUUAUACAUCUCUGACUCACUACUAGGGGAAAUGUACAGUCAUGUACUCUAUAAUUUACUCCAUACCUGCUAAACAAAUCCCACUUGCUAACACGACGCCCUCUCUGUUUGACUUCACUGAGUGCAAGACUUCUUUAGAGCACAAGUGAGAUUGGAGCAGAUAUUAUUUUACAUUCUGCAAAUUCUUUUAUAUCCUGAAUCUAUGUCAACUACUAAAAAAACUAAACAGUCUCUUUUAGGAGCUGAUAGGCAUCUGAUAAACCUUGAAAAACAGUAAAAUAUUUGGUGCUUGUAAUGGUAUUAAAUACAUAUUAGCAUACACUGGUAUAUGUAGGCAUAACAGUUGCAGUAUUUUUUUUAUUAUAAGAUAGAGAGCUAAUGCAUCAAAUACAAUAUUUCUGUUGUUCUGUCAAGGGUUAAAAAUAUUGCUAAUUGUCUCAGGUGUGUAGCACUCUUUCUACCCCAGGGUUACCAAUGCCGUAUGUCAGAGGGUAAUGGUAAUGCAGAGGUUAAUGAGAAACUUGUGGUAUUAGCUGUAAUCUCAAAGUGAUGAUUUCAGCUUGUUGAUUGAGCCUUAUAGCAGUUAAUCCCUUCGUUGCCAGAGGAUUUAAUAUUAAUAUGAAUACAUGGUUGACUUCUUCACAGUAAAAAGCUGGGAUUUGUAUUUUUUUUAUGAAAGGAAAAAAGUAAAUAGAAAAUAAAUGGUUUCAUUUAUAUUGUAUACAAUUGUAUAAUAAAAAUAUAUUUUUUAUAGGUGGAGUGAAAUAUAGGGACCUUUUGCAUUAGCCCUAGCUUGACGGCAGUUGUUUUCUAGUCAGGGCUGGUCUCCUUUCAUUUUGUCUGCAUACAGCUAAUUUAUGUUUCCGCAGCCAGAUGUAGGCUGACAGCCAUCACUCAGAGAUCCCAUCCCCCUUCUGUUUUCAGAGGUCGAGGAAAUAGUCACGUUUCCCAUUUUACAGAAUCCCCAUCAACAUUAUUGAAGAUGGAUGUAUCUUUAAAGCUAAGAUUGAUUGUGGAUAUCGGAGUUAUGGUGUCAUUUAUCAUAGUGAAUAUUAUUUAGACUUGGAUUGUACAAGGCUGUAACUUGAGACGCAGCCAGGGGAGGAGGAGGGACAAUCUGGAAAAACGAGGAUCCAUGAACUUUAAUAAAUGGAUGUUUUGUUUUAUUUAUUUAUAUUGUCUUUAAACUUCUACUCACUCAAGUGUGAUUUACUUCCCCCUCAGAAUUGGAAGCAAAUCACAACCCCUCCAUGUUUUUAUGGGGUCAUAAAUGCCCUUCUCAAAUAUCUCUAAACUAUGGGUAAUAUUUAAAUAUUACAAUGUACAGAAAAAGUAACACAUGUAUUGCACAGUUUUUCUUGCUAUGGUUUAAAUUAUUUUUAUAAAACAAUGAGGCUGUUCAGAGUAAAUGGUCUCUUGCCCAUACCUGUGUAUCCACAUCAAUAUUGCGCUAUUACUUGCUUGUGACUUGCAAGUGAAACAUGCAUGUUCUGGUAGUGCAGUUCCAAACACAUUUAGUUUAGACACAUUUGUUUUUUUUCAAUACUGGUCUUUAAGUUGUUCUGAAAAGUGCCUUUUGGGGGGGGAUCUGUAAUCUGUUUGUAUUUAUUAAUUAUUUUAAAGAUAGUCUGAAGGUAUAAUCUUUUCCUCUUCAAAAUAUUGAUUGUAGAAAAGACCACCUAAGAGUUUUAUAAUAAAGAAGUGAAACAGUCAGUUUUGUGGCAGAUAAAGUGACAGAAAGAUUGAUAUAUCCGUUACAUUGCCAAAAAAAUUUAAAGAAAUUAUGUGAUGAAUAGGGCGUAAAAGAAGCAACACAUGAAAAGAAAACCACACAUAUUUAAUAAAUUGUGCAAACACAGACAAAAGCAACAAACAAAAAGUGCAAAACUAUCUGUACCAAGUUUAUUUUUUUGUAUUUUUAGAAUUUUAUUUUUUUCUAGUAUUAUAAGUUUUUAAAAGGUAAAAAAACAUACAAAAGACAAUGAAGGACCUUUAUCAAAUGAUCUGAAAUUAUUUUUAUUUAUGGUUUGCAAUCUGUUUUAAUUUAUUCUUUAAAUAAAAACUUUCCCUUAGAAAAGCAUUGGGAGGCUAUUGGGCAUGCAUGGCAAAAUGGUGCCAGAGUAACAAAUGCCCACAACUGUAGAGUUUCCUGAAUUAAAGAGGCACUCCAGAUCCCCAGAGAAAUUAAUCUUGCUAAAGAGUGUGUCCUCUUUUUUUCAUAUUGCAAAAGUGCAAUUUUCAAUAGAAAUGUACACUUUUAUAAAUUAACCUUGUUUACACCCCACCCCCCAUCAGCUAUCAGUCCUGGUUGUUUAGCUCAGUGGAGCUAAACUCAAGAGGCAGACAAUGGCCAACAUACCUCUCAAAGUCUCUUUUUAGGAAGGACUGUCCCUGUUGUGGGCCCAAAUCAGGGCAAGAUUAACAUAGGGGCUGAUGGAACUGCAGUUCCAGGCUCAUGCCUAUGGAAUAGGCCUAUUGUUAAAAAAUAAAGAAAGUUUACUACUCUUCAUAUGCUCUAGCUUAAGUAUUGACACUUAGAGAGAUGUAGGAACAAAACUGGUGUGGACUGGCUCACAAUGAAAUUAGUUAAGGUGAAGCAGACUUGGCACACUAUGCAAAUGCUCGUGCUGUUUCAGUCUCUCGACCAGUGUGGCAUGUUCCCUUUCUACUACAAUCACUACAUCCACAUUUUCUCGGUUCCAGACUGUAUAACAGGAGCUUCUGCCUGCUAGUAAGAAGGUUAGGAGAGGAAUGGACCUUUGUUGGCCAGCAUGCAUGACUGGUAGGCAGCCUGACAUGCAUUCAUGCCAGGCUGACCAUUUAAUUCUUCUUGCAGACACACACCCUUUUUGGGCAUGUUUGUCCCUUCGUGUGGUUCUGGUUACGUGAUUCACAUCAGUGGCCCACCCUUUUACCCUGCUCACUGAAAUCCUGCUUCACCGGACCUGCUGUUAGGGGGUAUGGAUUUACUUGAAACAUGAAAGCGAGAAAUUAGCAUAGGUUAAGUGUUUUCUGAUAACUAAAUCCUAUGAGUUUCCUCCAGCACCACCUCCACCAGAUACAUGACACCUGGGAGGUGUGGCAAACAUAGCCACUUGGACAUUAUUUAAGUACUGUCGCUUUAAGGGUUGCCUGUAUGAUUUUCGUGUGAUGUGUGUUCCAGCGUAUAAUGCAAUGUGAUUGUGUAACUCUGUAUUGCCUAUCUGCCAAAAGCAGAUAGCUGAUUUCCUUUCGCUUCAUGAACGGCACCUUUGCGGGCCGUUCGUGAAAUGAAUGAACUAUCAUUUAAUAGCCCACACACUAAGAGACGUGUGGCGCUUGUUAACCAAUUGCAACAAUGUUGCAAUCGGUAAUUAGAGGCUCUCCAAGGUGGCCGUCGUUCAACUACCGACCAUGCGGUGGUCGGCCAUCUUGGAUCCUUUGUUCCCUCAGCGGUGUUUGGUCGUCGAGCGCAUGGUACUAAAAACGGCUACUCGAUGGCACGAACACCGCUGAGCUUCCAGGCCGUUCGGGAGUUCCGGGCCAUUCGGUGUCUUGUUCCCUGGCAUGCAAUCGGUCUUUUGAAUAUAUGUUUUAAUGAAUGUGUUUUUCGUGCGGCGUUCGGUUAUUUUAGCUGGGAUCUGAGCGGUAAUCUCACGAAUGAUGCACUCAGACCCCAGCUAUCUACCGAACGUCCAUUCAUACAAAUAGACCGUAUAUUCAAACAGUUAUGGAUUUUUAUAUAAAUUGUCGGUUCUGCUGCACGGAGGGAUAAUCCACUUAAUGGUACAUUCCUGUGGGAGGAUCCCUCUCGUGCAGCAGUGCCUGAUUGGAGAAAUACCCAGAAUGUGAAGUCCCCCAUGUAGUCCCCUCUGGGAAUUCCCCUUCGAGGGGACUCAGGAAACCCCUUGCAUGGGGACUUGCAUAAAUUGUGGAGCUGGAAAUAAAGACCUCAGUUGACUCCCAGCCUAUGUGUCGUCUAGUUCUUGGGAGGGAAAGAGUAUUACAGCGCUACUUGGAUUAUUGUAUGCUGAUUCCCCUGGAUUAUCCUUUGUUGUUCCUGUUACCCAGCAGAGAUAUCGUGGAUUAUACUGCCUCUCCGCUACAGAAGGUAUAACUGUUUUAAUGUUUUUUGUCGAUAAGAUUCUGUAAUUACGCUCUUAUUGUAGUUCUCUUAAUCAUUACUAUUAUUUUCACACUUUUAAACAAUUUCCCUGCUUUAUAGUAAAUCCAUGCCCACACCCAUCCCCAUACAAAAUGUAUAUGUGCUACACAUAGCAUGUUCUGGAUACACUCUAUCUAUAAAUGUGGUUCCUCAUUUGGAGUAAAAGCCAUUAAAGUACAUGAUUCAUGCUAAAAUGUCCCAUGAUGUUUGUAACAUAUCUGGACGUUUUCCAAAUGUAUAUCCUACAGUAUAUUACCUUUACUUACAGAUGCAUGAACAUUCCAUAACCAUUUUUCAAUAAGUGUAGUUCAUUAUGCGGAUUUGGCUAUAUUUUAUUGUAAGUGUCAGGAUACAGCUACAUUUAAGAAUGAGCAAGAAUUUAGCCAUGUUAGUAAUGUAUGUAGAUUAUAAUAAAUCACUGUGUAUUCUUAUGUAGUUUAUGUACCAUAAUUACACACUCCAUUUUCCCCAUGGGGAGGGGAGAGUACACACUAUUGUUGAAUAUGCGUGUCUUUAAUUUGUUUCCACCAAAGUACUUCCCUUUAAGAUUUUUUAAAGAUGGAAUAUAAUCAAAUGAAUUUAACCCAAUGUAUCAUUUACAAUGGAAUUCACAUGCUUGUUCUAAAUUAAAAGUGUGGUAUUCUAAGUUAAGUAUUUUCUUGCCCCCUGAUCGAAAACAGUUGCAACUGGACUGAUGGAAACAUAACUCGGUCACUCUUAGAUGCCAACAAGCAUGUCACUGCCACUGUUGAUGACAGUAAUCUAAAGCAGAGCUCACAUAAAAUGGCAGCUCUGACUUCAGGGUAAAUUGUGUAAUGGUAUUGGGCUCUGUUUGUGCAUUUUUGCUUAUAAAAAAAUGCACCUGUUACGAUAUACGUCAGACUCCUUGAAAAUAUAGUUGUAAUGUGUUUAUUUUUUCUGUCUUUUUGACUUUUUUCUCCUCUCUCUGAGACACAUGAGGCGCUAUGCUCAGCAAUGUAACCUUCAUGUCAUCCUGAAAUUCCCCAUAACAAACACAGAGUGCAGCCACAUUUACACUCAGGUCUAAAUAGUACUGGGCAGUGGCGGCUGGUGCAGUUUUAAGAUUGUGAGGUGCCAGACUCCUCCCCCAGAAUUUUACUCCACCCUAUACAGUCCAAAGAUACAGACAUGGUUAACAGAACCAGCAACCAUACAGAGAUCUGAGCAUGAUACAGAAACACUCAUACAAUAAACCAAGCUGGGCAUAACAUAAAGAGAUCUAUAAAAUACAUAGAGCCAGUGGCGUACUAACGGGGGUUAGGGAGGGGGGGGCGGUCCGUAGCAGGUGCCACCAGUUACGGGGGUGCCACCAGGUAGGGGGGUGCCUCCAGGGCUGGCCAAGCUUGUGACUCUGUGAGCUGUGUGGCUGCACAGGGUGCCGGGAGCCACACAGCUCACACGCAGGGGCUGGGAAUUCAGCAGUACAGAAGUACUGCACGGAUAAUUGGGGCGGAGCCAACUCGGCAGUGGAGGCAGAGCCAACCCGGAUGUGGGGGCGGAGCUACAGCCAGCCUCCAUUUGCUCCCUUUCACUGCAACACACUGAGGGGAAGCAGGAAAGAGUCCCUGCUUCCCCAACUCCAACACACCAGGGACUCACUGACUCCACUCCUCCACCAGUAAGUAAGAAAGAGAGAGAGAGUGUGUGUGUGUGUGUGUGUGUGUGUGAGAGACUGCUCGUGACUGUCUGCCUGUGUGUGUGUGUGAAUGUCUGCCUGUGACUAUCUGUGACUGUGUGUGCGAAUGUCUGCCUGUGACUAUCUGUGACUGUGUGUGCGAAUGUCUGCCUGUGACUAUCUGUGACUGUGUGUGUGAAUGUCUGCCUGUGACUGUGUGUGAAUGUCUGCCUGUGACUAUCUGUGACUGUGUGUAUGAAUGUCUGCCUAUGGCUGUCUACCUGUGACUGCGUCUGUGACUGUCUGCCUGUGUCUGUGUGUGUAAAUGUCUGCCUGUGACUGUCUACCUGUGACUGUGACUGUCUGCCUGUGACUCUCUGCCUGUGACUGUGUGUUUACCUGCCUGUGACUGCAUCUAUGACUGUCUCCCUGUAAAUGUCUGUGACUUUUUGUGAAUGUCUGCCUGUGACUGUCCACCUGGGACUGCAUCUGUGACUGUCUAUGCCUGUGAACGCGUGCCUGUGACAGUUUACCUGGGACUGAGUGUGACUGUCUUCCUGUGACUGUGCGUGAGACUGACUUUUGGUGACUUUGUGUGUGACUGUCUGCCUGUGCCUGUAUGUAUGAAUGUCUGCCUGUGAUUGUCUACCUGAGACUGUGUAUGACUGUCUGCCUGUGACUGUGUGUGACUGUCUGCAUGUCACUGAGUGUGAGUGACUGUGUGCUGCCUGUAACUAUGUUACAGUCUGCCUGUAAUUGUGUGUGUGUGUGUGUGUGACUGUCUGCCUGUAGCUGUGUGUGUGUGACUGUCUGUCUGUAACUGUGUGUGUUACUGUCUACCUGCAGCUGUGCGUUUGACAGUGUGCAAGUGACUAUGUGUUUGGUACGGUGUGCAUGUGGCUGUAUUUGACAGUAUAUGCGUAUAACUGUGUACAUCUGACUGUAUCUGACUGUCUUCGCCCUGCAGUGAGUCGGCACAUAACAUCAUCAAAGCAUCGGCGUCAUAUUACAGGAUGUGCAAGGGACGUGUGCAUGAAGAGCACAGAGAUACCACAGUAACCACUGACUACCAGGGACUAAGGAUCCACUCUAGCCCUCCCAAAUCAAGAUAGGGAGGCUGGGUGGACCUCUUAAUUAUUAAAUGUGUGCAUGUAUGUGAUGUUUGUGUGUGUAUAUCUAAUUAUGUGUGUUUGUAAUUGUCUGUGUGUGGGUCUGUGAUUGUGUAUGUCUGUGUUUAUGUGUGUGGUUGUGUGUGUAUCUCUGUAGUUAAGUGUGUGUGUAUAUAUAUAUAUAUAUACACACACACACACACACACACACACACUUGUAUGUAUAUAUACACACACACGCACAUGUGUAUGUAUGUGUUGUUUGCGUGUGUAUAUCUAAUUAUGUGUGUUUGUAAUUGUAUGUGUGUGGGUCUGUGAUUGUGUAUGUCUGUGUUUAUGUGUGUGGUUGUGUGUGUAUCUCUGUAGUUAAGUGUGUGUGUGUGUUUGUUUGUGUGUAUAUAUAUUAUGUUAACUGUGUGUGUGUGUAUAUAUAUAUAUAUAUAUAUAUAUAUAUUUAUAUAUAUACACACACACACACACACACACACUUAAGUACAGAGAUACACACACAACCUACAAUUACAAACACACAUAAUUAGAUAUACACACGCAAACAUCACAUACAUACACACCUGUGUAUGUGUGUGUAUAUGUGUAUGUGUGUAUAUAUAUGUAAUAUGUACAUAUAUAUAUACACACACACACACACAAUCACAGAUAUACACACACAGACAUACACCUAUUGUUUUAUUGUGUGUGUAUAUAAAUGUGUAUGUGUUUGGUACAUAGCUCCCUUAUUUGGUGUCCUUAAAUAUUGCAAUCCCACAUAAGGAUAACAAAUAAGGGCGUUAUCUACUAAACAAAUGAAAUUAAGAAAAGGUUUGUUUGUUUUUUUAAAUUAAUAUUUUAGCUGUUUAGUUGAUAAUUCUCUAAAUUGGUGUCCUUAUGUGAGAUUUCCAUAUUUAAAGAUACCAAAUUAGGGUGAUGUUUAGCAGAUAGCUCCCUUAUCCUUAUUUGGUGUCCUUAAAUAUGGCAAUCCCACAUAAGGAUAGCAAAUAAGGGAGUUAUCUGAUAAACAAAGCUCAACGUUAAGAAGUGUCAGCUAGCCCACAAACAAGAAAUCAGGGUGGCUAAUGUGAAUUAUAUGCAAAUUUGUUGACUGAUGCCAAUGUGCACUGCAUGCUGGCAUCAGGCAGCCAAUGGCAGCACAUUACCCCAUCCCCUAGUGAAAAGUUUUAGUGCCCCCCCCAGUUUGGAUUGUGGUAUCUUAUGUGCCCACCCCCUAUAUAUUGUUCCUAUGUGUCUAUGUAUCUGCAUGUGUGUCAGUGUGUAUUUAGGUGUGUGUAUGUGUAUAUGUGCAUACAUCUCAGAAUCUCGCCAACACUACACACAAAUACACCCCUGCAUUUCAACGUCAACACUACAUACAAACUCCACCAUUAUAUAUAACCACACCACUGCCUUCAAACACCACACUACAUAAAAAUGCAUGCCUGCAUUCAAACGCCAACACCACAUACAGACACACAUCCUACAUUCACUCAAACAUACUCCAUACAAAAACAUGCUUACAUUUAAAAGCAUAAACACUGCUUAGUGCUAAAUACAUUUUUUUUUUUUUAAAUUGUGGUUGUUUUUUACAUUUUAAAGUUGGGGGUGGAGGGGGGUGCCAAAAAUAGGACCUGCCCCGGGUGCCAAAUGCUCUAGGUACACCCCUGCAUAGAGCUGAGUGCAAUACAGAGAUAACCAUACUAUAAACAGAGGUGAGAAAAAAAGUGAGGCACAGUACACAGAGCUGAGCAAAAUACAAAGAUACCUGUACUAUACACAGAGCUGAGUAGACUACAGAGACACCCAUACCACAGAGAGCGGAGUAAAAUACAGAGAAAUAACACACAGAAGUAGCAGACAUGGUUAACAGAACCAGCAAUCAUUACAGAUUAAAGCAUACUGAAAUCAGAUCAGACCAGUCCUCAGUGUCACAGCUCCAGUCAUGCAGUUUGAAGCUUCACAACUUUUCAACUAGCAACGUAAGUGUCUCAAGUCUCAUCUGUAGGCGAUUGAGCACUUUACAGAAGAUGAUGAGUAUGUGCAGUAGGAGUCAUUGAAACAAUGUGACAGGCAGCACAGUGCUUUUGUCGGAAAUGUCUCCCUCCCUUUUCAUCCCUAGCUUUAAGUAUUAUUUAAUUAUUAUUGUGUAUUAUUAUACAUUUUUUUUAGUAAAUUCCUUGCUUAAUUAGCCCUCAGGCAGUCACUAGGGCUAUUGGGGGAGAGAAAAUGAUAAUAAUAUACACUUACAUUUGGCUUUCACUUACAUGAGCUGCUGCUGCUAUGCUCUAUCUGUGUUACUUCCAAGAUGGCUUCCUGCUUCUCUGUCCUGUGGGCACUGUAAACCUUCCCCCUGGUGCUAUCAGCCAAUGAUGGCCUUCAAUAUAUGCAAAACUGCUAAAUUGGGACAGAUUUUAAACCAGACCAAUUUUUUUGACAUGUCUAGUUGCUCUCAAGCAAGCUUCUCAAAACAGCUACCAAAUGGGGGAGGGGCCCUGCAGAACUGAAACCUAUUACAAAAUUAAAGAGACACUCAUUCUUAUCCCCUAAUUUUUUGGCUUACCACCCUCCCCUCCAAAAAAAUAAUAAUAUUUAUUUAUCCACCCCCCACCCCCAUAAAAAUUGGUGCGGCACUGCCCCAAAUGCCCAAAUGGUUGAGCCUCCACUGGUACUGGGGUACCUGCAAACCCUCCUUGGAAGGAAAGACUAACAUAAAGCCACUGUUCCAACAACAAUAUAACAUUACAUUAAAUCAUAGUAUUAAGCUGUAAAACAAAAAAAAAAAGAACAUUGCCAUGCCUUUUGUAAAUUGACCCUGAGUAACCUCUUAUCAGGCUAGUAUAUAGCACUAUAUACCUUAUACUACUGAACUGGUAAAUAUUCUAUAAAGUUAACCACUUUACCUUGGUUACUGAAAGUGGUGUCUGGCAUUUAUCUAAACGCUUUUUGUUUUAGUACUUGCUCACCUAGCAGAGGGUUUUCUAAAUGCCGUGAGAAGUGCAUGGCGUUAAAAACUAAAGUGUCUAAUUUCAGCAGCCACAACCGUAUACCCAUAAAAGAGGCAAAUUUAUCACAGAACAUUACUGAGUGCAGGAAAUGUCAUGAAAACCAUUGUUUUUUAAUCUUUUUUUUUUUUUCCUGAGAGUCUAAAUGAGCUGAUUUAUGGUAGUUAUCCAUCUUUAGGGUCAUCCAUCAACUUUUAGUUGCUAGGCAAUCAAACCAGCAGCUGUUUGCUUUGAAUCAAGCUGAAAAUCUGUCAGUCAUCACAAGCAGGUAUGACCUUUUGUGGUAAAAAACAUUAGCAUGCAUGCAAAAUUAAAGAUACAGUCUUCGGUGCCUGGGUGAAUUAUGAGCGCCACAAUUACAGACAUGGCGUAUGUCCAGAAUCAGAGGCGUUAGCAAAACACAUCCAGAAAAUGGUUGUUACUUAGGGCUAUUUCAGAGUUCACUUUGCAUGUAAAAGUGAAAUAUGUCAAUGUGUUUUGGUUAUAGUCGCUGCUGGUAUAGGUACUUCCAAUGCAAAGCAAAGUUCCUCGCUUUGAUAGAAAUCAACAAGUGAUCUCAUGCACAAAAUAUCAUGGAUGUGUCAAAACAACAUGUUGUCUUUUGUUGCUAAAAUAAAGUCAUGCUUUUUUUUUUUUGUAGAUUUGUCUUUCAUUUUUAUGCUGGAGUCAUGCUGAAUUUUUGAUUUAUUGUUUUGGCGUUCCCUUGUAUAUUAUAGUGAUGCUGUUGAAUAUAUUGCAGUAUACACCAACAUUGACAAAGCUCAUUUCCCUUCUUGUAAGCAGGGUUUUGCAUCAAUGUAAAUAAUGUUUGUUGAAUGUUAAGCUGGAGCAAUAUUACAUGGCUCAUUUCAAUUUUUUUUAAUUAUUAUUUAUUUUUAUUUUUUUUUAUUUUUUUUGCACAGCCAGUUGUUCUCAAAGCGUUUGAUAUACUCAUUUUCUUCAAAGUCUGAGGCAAAAUGGGAUUUAGAAACCUGAUUUAAUUUAUAAUGGAAUAACAUUUUUCUGUACUGGAAGUCUAUGAGUGUGCUUUGUUAGAACUUGACUCACUGAAGAGCCAUUACCAGUUAGUAACAGUUCUCCCCUUGCCAGAGUGAAAGUAGAAAUUUAAGUAAUGUUCCCCAUUAGGUUUAUAACUGUAAAUAAUGCCUGUAUUUGUGACAAAACAUUGUUUCCAAAGACUUUACUGUUAACUAAUACAUGGAUAAAAAAAUUGUUUAAGGGGCACUUUGUGAGCCUUUGUUUUUAUGUAAUGCACGGCUUUUAUUAAGCACCAAGGUCCCAUAUCCUGUGAUUUGUUUGUCCCAAAAAGAAUGUAAUAAUUAUAACGCAAACAUUGCCAGCCAAGAGCUAGGAAAGAAAGAAGCUUGUUAAGCACUGCAAUAUUAACCCUUAACAGGGUUGCUAAGGGCUUUCUCCCCCUAUUUUGAUCCAUUUUUUAUAUAUGGGAGAACAGCAGAGCAAAAUCGUUAAAAAGCCCCAGUGGAUCCAUUAGUCCCAGGUAUCACUUAUAAACUGGAAAUUAUACAAUCCAUUUUUCAUUGACCUUUUCUUUUUAUUCUUUCCACUAAAGUGAGAUUUGUCUGGAAUUCAAUGUGAAGUCAAAGUGAAUUUGAGAUUUAAAGAAUCACUGUAGUCAUUUUCCUGACACUAUGUCAUCCUUGGGGGACCCUCACCCUCAGGGUCCACCUCCUGCUGGGCUGAAGGGGUAAAAACCCCUUCAACCACUUGCCUUUACCCAGCACCGGGCUCCCUCGUCGCUGGUGACCGCUCCUCCCCUGCCGACAUCAGCUCCUGAGUGGAGCGGAAUGCGCAUGCGCAGCAAGAGCUACACGCGCAUACUAACAGUCCAUAGGAAAGCAUUUCUCAAUUUUGCAACCAGCGUCGCAGAAGUGCCUCUAGCGGUUGUCAGGAAGACAGCCACUAGAGGUUGGAUUAACCCUGCUAUAUAAACUGCUGUGUUUACAUGUGAAGGGUUAAAACCUGAGGGACCUGGCACCCAGACCACUUCAUUGAGCUGAAGUGGUCUGGGUGACUAUAAUGUCCCUUUAAGGUCAAAAUAGCUGAAUUGGGAUAAUUCCACCAGUCAACUCUGCUUCCACACUUUGCAAGACAAGUGUUCUGAGCAGUUGUCUGUCUCUUGAGUUUAGCUCCACUGUACUAAACAAACCAGGAAGUAGCAGUUGGACCAGUUGGUUGAUUGACAGUCAAGGGCAUGUAAGAAAGUUAAUUUAUAAAUGUGCCAAUUUCCUCUGAAAUCUGCACUUUUUGUCAAAUGAAAAAUAAAGGACACACUUUUCACACAUAAAUUGCUUUAGGAGUCUGGAGUGUCUCUUUAAUCUCUUACACAACAGCUGGGUGUAAGGGCAUGGAUGAGUCAAUUAAUAACUCCUCCAAGAAGUAUAAACUCCACUUAUCAGUAACUAUUACUUUAGUAUUACAUAGACAUUGGAGCAAGUGGAUGGACUCUAGAAAACCAUUCUAAUAUCCUCCACUCCAGAAGUUCCACUGGCUUACAGGCACUUGCAUUUAUAGAUUAUGAUGCAAAUGGGAGGAGUUAAUAAUGAGUUGCUUUGGUAUUAUGGACAACUUCCUUGUUAUAAUUUGUCCAUUAUCUGCCUGUGAAUCCAGCUAUCAAAGUUGAUGAUUGCUGUUAUUUCACCUGGAGUGUGGAGGUCAGCAGAAAUGUAUGAAUACAUCCUCAAAUAUCCAACUUUUCAGGCAGUUUCCUUUAGUAAAUAGCUGAAUUGCAAUUUCCGGACAGAUUUAAUGAGUUCAAAUGCAUAUGUCUUUAUUUAAUAAUCUAGUAAAAUGUGUUAAAUGUCAUCUUCUUAUGAUGGCAUAUUUAUGGGUUACUGACUUUAAAUAACCCUAUAGGUUUAUUCACAAACCAGGAACUGAUAGAUACAGCAAAUAAACGCAUAUAUUUAAAAAAAAAAAUAAACCUUUACUUUUGAAACUCCAUAGCUUGCUGGUGUGGCACUCAAAGUGUUACAUAUUAGAGCGUUUUUAAGAUUUCUGUCCUAAUGUGUUUUAUACCCCACUUUCUAUAGACUGUAAACUCGUUUGAGCAGGGUCCUCUUCAACCUAUCGUUCCUGUAAGUUUUCUUGUAAUUGUCCUAUUUAUAGUUAAAUGCUCCCUCUCAUAACAUUGUAAAGCGCUACGGAAUCUGUUGGCGUUAUAUAAAUGGCAAUAAUAAUAAUAAUAAUAUUUUAUACAAGGCAGUGAAUACAACUUGUAUUAUUUACGAUACCACUAUCUGCUGCAUUCAUUAUUCUAAUACUUGAAUUCUCAAUUUAUUUUCCCUCUCUUUAACAGGAAUUUCUAUGCAUAACACACAUGUGAAACACAAAUGUUUGGUGCCUUGGGGUUAAAAAAAUCAAUUUGUUUCAACUAAGCCUGUGUAGUUAAAUUUAAGCAGUAUCAGACCCAGUGACCUUAGGUCUGUGGCACUACUGCAUUCCCCACACCAUGUUUAAUGAAUGAAGUUAAUAAUGUCUGCUCUACUGUGCAGUGCAAGUUAGCUUGCUGACCUCCUUUAAUCAGUACAUACCAAGGGAAAAUGCCUUUUGUCUGAGCUUUCGCCCUCUGCUAUACUUUUGACCAUGGCAGGAUUUUUACAUUUGCAAAUGAGCUUGUUUGCAAUCAUGACUUGUAAACACACUGUUUAAAAGUUAAUUCCACUGAUCCUUGUUACAGGUUUUUAAUGGAUGUUUCAAACAGUUCACCUUUUCCACCUAUCAGUGGCUUUGAACGGCAACUAUUUAUUUUUUACUUUAACUUUUGUUUAGACAGUAGUUUUGUGUCUUAGCAAAUGGUAUUACUAUUAGUCGUUGCUUAAAAUCUUAAAAAUCACAAGUGCUCUAUACAAUGAAUUCAAAGUACAGUUCCCUGUUGUGGAGGUGACGAAUAAGACAAUGACCUUCCACAAAGUCUGGUGAGAUUAGUGCUAUUGGCAUGGCAAAAUAAGCAUCCUUCCAGUUAGAUAUAUCAACAUACCUUCCAACAUUGAGAGGUAGGACAUUGGGAUGGUUGAGUGGGUGCUGAGGGGGAAGUUAGCAGUGAAACGACUUGCUUUUUUAGUGAGGCCCUUAAUGAGUGGGUGAAUCCAGAAAAAGGGUGGGAUGGGGUGGGCAGACCCACCAAAUAAAGAGGCCUGUCUGUCUAGGCCCACCCUCUAAAGAAGCCUAUCUGUCCAGGCCCACCCACUAAAGAGGUCUGUCUGUCCAGGCCCACCCACUAAAAAGGCCUGUCUGACCAGCCUCCAACCUACAUGACCUUGCUACUGCUGAAGCUCUCUCUGCAGGAUCCUAGUGCUUGUUUACUGCGUGAGCACGUCUAAUGAUGUAUUUGCACCCUGCUACCUGAGGACAUCCAGAGAUAUCAAGGAGCAAAACUGAGACAACAGAUAAGGACUCCAAAUCAGGACUGUUCCACCAAAAUUGGAACUAUUGGGAGCAUCACUGGCUGGACAACUGAAUUCCAAAUGUAUACUUCUCAGUUUUGGGACAUACUGGAAAUUUGUCUGAACAGUUUAUAUGCUAGCCUUGCCACCAUGUACGUCUUUUGGUAAAUAGGUUUCCAUGAGACAGUCAGUUGGAUCCUGAAAUUAGGCUGUGUAAAAAUGCAUGCUGUCUUCCUUUACAGUAAAAGAGACACUAUAAGCAAAUGAUUGUAGUUGUUAUAAAACAUGGAGACUAUGGGUGCAAUAUAUUUGACAAAAUCUCCUCUGCAUCUAAAUCCAAAACACGUCUGAUGCUGAUGUGAUAAUUAGUUUUUUUUCCCCGUUAUUUUAAGUUCAUGUAGGUAUAGUUACAAAGAUAAGGGAUAGACAAAGAUAUCCCGUGUUGGUAAAUUCCUGUAGCAAGUGAACAUUUGAAACAAUGCGUAAGAUCACAUUCCAUUAUAUAGAUGGUACAAUGAGAAAUCAACAUUCAACGAUACAGUGCAAUGACAUUGUCUCAAUUAAAAUUGAUAUUUAGGAAUUAGGUUGUUUUAUAAUUAAACCCCUUUGUGCAGUGUUAUUUUGGCGGCAAAUUUCAAUUUAGUUUGCCUCAUAGUCUUUUGACUAAAAAGCCAUUUUAGUUUUAGUCGUAUUUUAGUAAUUUGAAUUGUUUUAGUUUUAUUCUAGGUUUAGUCAACUAAAUCUCCUGGAAAUUUUAGUCGACACAAUUAAAAUCUAAUGGGUUUUCUUAAAGCCUCUAUCUGUCUCUUUUGCCCCUUCCACAGACCCUCUGCGCAGCGUUAAUUUUGGCAGCAAAUUUUUAUUUAGUUUUAGUCACAUUCUGUUGACUAAAAAGCCAUUUUAGUUUUAGUUGUAUUAUAGUAAUCUAAAUUGUUUUAGGUUUAGUCUAAUUUUACUCAACUAAAUCUCCAGUAAAUUUUAGUCAACUAAAUCUCCAGCAAAUUUCAGUCAACAUGACUAAAAUCUAAUGGGUUUAGUUAAAGCCUCUAUCUGUUUCUUUUGCCCCUUCCCCAGCCCCUCUGUAUCUCUUUGUGUCCUCCCAGUCCCUCUAGGUGUGUCUCUCUAUGCCCUGGUCUGUCUUUUUUGCCCCUCCCAUGGCCCCUCAGUGUUAAUUUUGGCGGUAAAUUUCAAUUUAGUUUUAGUCAUAGCCUUUGCACUAAAAUGUAAUUUUAUUUUUAGUCCUCUUUUAGUCAUCUAUAUUGUUUUAGUCUAGUUUUAGUUAACUAAAUCUCAAAGAUGUACUCAACUAAAAUUUGACUUAAAUUGUUAGUCAACAAAAUUAACACUGUUUCUCUGGUGCCAAACUCAUGGGCGCAGUCUCAGUUUAGUGGCCUCGAAGGGGUUAAAGGAGAACUAUGGGCUUCAAAAUACCUUUAGCUUAAGGAAGCAGUUUUAAUUUAUAGAUCAUGCCCUUGCAGUAUCACUGCUCAAUUUUCUGUCAUUUAGGAGUUACAUUACUUUUGUUUCUGUUUAUGCAGCCAUAGCCCCAUCUCCCCUGAUUAUGACUGAUACAGCCUGCAUGAAAAAAUUUGUUUCAUUUUCAAUCGGACAAUAACUUGUUUUAGAAGUUUUUAUCACCUGUUCUGUAAAUCACACACAGGAGGCUCCUGCAAGGUCUAGAAGGCUAUUAACAGAGCAGGAGAUACACAUUUCUAAAUUAAACAGACUGUGCAAUAAAGGACACAUAAACAGUAGAUCUCUCUUUACAGAAAGUGUUUAGGAAGGCUGUGCAAGUCACAUGCAGAGAGAUAAAUGGCAGAAAAUUGACCAGCGAGACUGCAGGCGCAUGAUCUCCAAAAUUGAUUCAUUAAGCUAAAGUUGUUUUGGUGACUAUAGUCUCUCUUUAACUACAUUUCUGCAUAGCCAUACCCUUUGUGGCUAUAUCUAUAUCCAUUAUCUGGUUUCUGACUGAGCAGUCAGGGCUGUGGGUGCUGGAAAAACCUCUAUUUUAUGACUUGAAAACAUGUUGACAUAAAAUAUAGGCACUCAUAGCCUCCGUGCACCAUAACCACUUUAAUAAGCAGCUCCACUUCUCGUUUGUGCUCUAGAGAGGCGAUAUCAGCUCCCUGAGUUAUCACCUAUUUAUGGUAGCCAUGAUAAGAGUAGGACAUAGUCUGACAGUCAAGGCUAAGCAAUCUCUGCACAUUUUUUAUACUUCAGUUUAGUAGAACAAUGGCUUGAUUUGUGUGUUCCUUUCCUAGAAGUUUCAGCAGACAGGUGUUCUUGGGUACUAAAAGAAACAUAAAUAUAGCAUGCGCACAACACUCUUUUAGACUAGGAUAGAUAUUGAUAUUAUUGUACUAGAUUUUGAAAUACUCACUUCUGGAUCCAGCAGAAAAAAAUAUACUGAAGAACAAUUAUAGGACCAAAUAAGGAGAAUGAAAUUCAAUUAAGAAAAAAAACAGUAUUUCAAAUGCCUCAGUGUAUAAAAUGUACUUUUCUUCAAUUGAGUUUUAAAUGACUGAAACAGCACACAGUAGGAGCAAACUUGUAACAGCAAGAGGUCAAUAAAAACAAACUGACUCAAAUGAACUAAUUCUCUGAUUUGAGUUUCACCCUUGGCCUACUUGACCUUGUUCAAGGCUUACACAGGCACUUUGUUCAAAUAUGUUUGAUGGUCUUGGCUACCACAUAUAGACAUUUGCUAAUUAGGUACCAUGCUAGUUAACCCAGAGAGCAUCUAAAAAGGACACAUCUCAACCCCAUGUUAUGCCAAUUUCAGACUUCAAAGGGAACUGUCACUUCUCUAGGAUUUACACCAUUGAAUAAAACAUUAAAAAUUUACUAUAACUUGUGUUAACUUUUUUUGUUCAUUAGAUGCACCAUUAUCUUUUACCUUUCUAUUAAAGGAACACAGUCAGCAUCUCCUCAUAAAGAUGCAUUGAAUCAAUGCAUCUCUAUGGGGAACAUUCACUGUCUCUAUGCAGAGUGUGCAGCACGGACUAGGAAGCACUUCUAGUGGCCGUCUGAAUGACUGGCACUAGAGGUGUUACUAUGCACCAAUGUAAACGGUACCCUCUCUCUGAAAAAUCUGCGUUUACAUUGAAAAGCCUGCAAGGACAGACUAUCAACACCAGAACCACUACAUAAAGCCUGAGUUGUUCUGGUGACUAUAGUGUCCCUUUAAGGAUUUAGUAAAUCACAUCAUAAUCCAGUUCAAACAAGGCAAAGACACUGCAAACAUUGCAAAUGAGGAUGAUAUAAAGAAACAUUGUUACAUUCUUCCGCUUUUCUCAAUUUCUCUAUGCUGAUUUUCAGGUUUGAAUGACACUGUUGCAGGAUAAAUAUGUAUGUUUAAUAAAUUUAAUUUCUAAAAAAUGUUAUAACUCACAAAUACAUAUUUGUUAAAUAUCAUAUUACAUAUAUUAUUAAAAAUCAUGAAUGAAAAGUGAUAUUUCUUCUUUAAUAUUAUUUUAAUUUGAAAAAUCUAUUUAUGAAUGCAAGCAAUACUCCCAAUAUCAGCAUAAUAAUUAGACAUAAUUAAAUAUUGAAAGUUUAUAGUGUUUAUACAGUUUGACCCAUAGGUAAUUACUCCAAACUUUGUUUCAGCUUUGCAGUUUUGUGCAGUUUAGCCAGCUCUCCUCCAGCCCUCAUAUGUCUUCCUGCGUGAAUCUGUGUUUUUGUUUACUGAUGUUAACGAAUUAGGAAGAAAAUAACUGCUUGAGUGUCGCAUCAUUUUUCCUGGUAUCAGGUAAAACUACAACUGAUUCUGAAAAGCCUGAUUUUAAGCAGACAUAAUUGCUUUCAUGUUAAGAAAACCAUGAAGAAUUGUGUAGUUGGUAUCAGGCAUUAAUACUGAAGUUUAAAGGAUCACUAUAGUGUAAGGAAAACAGAGCGGUUUUCCUGACACUAUAGUGCCCUCAGGGUGCCCCCACCCUCAGGUUUCCCAAUCCCGUGGAGCUGAAGGGGUUAAAAUCCCUUCAGCCAUUUACCUUAAUCCAACUCCGGGCUCCAUCAACGCUGGUGACCUCUCCUCCCCGUCCAACGUCAGCUCCCCCGUCUGAUGUCACUGGAGCCGAAUGCGCAUGCGCGGCAAGUGCAUUCAAAGUGUCCAUAGGAAAGCAUUUCUCAAUGCUUUCCUAUAGAUGCUCUGCGUGAUGGAGGCAAAAUUCGCCUCCAUCGUCGCAGAUGCGCCUCUAGUGGCUGGAUUAACCCCAAAUGUAAACAUAGCAGUUUCUCUAAGACUGUUAUGUUUACAUGUGAAGAGUUAAAACCUGAGAGUCCUGGCACCCAGACCACUUCAUUGAGCUGAAGUGGUCUGGGUGACUAUAGUGUCCCUUUAACAUAUUUUGUACUUUGCAGUGGUAAACUGACAAACCCUUCAUAGAUAUUUUGUUAGCAGGUGUAUCACUACUUGUCUAUAUGUCAAAUUUCCUGGCUAAACCAUGUCAGCAUCACAUAUGGAUUAAGGUGAGCUGAUAGGACAGGAAAAUUUAAAUUAAACAUAAUGUAAAAAGAGUCUUCACCUCCUCAACAGUAUUCUUUUUUCCGUCCUCCAGCUAUUAGUUAGCACAUAUUUAUAUUUUAAAUUUCACCUGCCAUUCGUUUUUCAGUAUGACCAUAGGGAGUACAGUAUCUCUCCCUGGUGCAUAGCCCAGAUAUAGCUAAAGUUAUUUGUGACUCCCUGGGUUAUGGUUACCAUAUUAGUAUAUAGUAACUGAAAAAUUGGAAAAGUAUCUACUUGUAUCAUGUUUUGAGGUGGUAAGGAAGCCUUUCUCUGUUGUUGUCAUGUUUUUUUACUCGGUUUCUAGAACUAUUUUUGGUGUAGUUCGAUUCCCCCUGGUGUUGCUCUUUUCUCCUUCUAGGAUUGGCUGUUCCAAAAGGGCCACCGGCAUUGUUCAGUCCACGCUGCACUUGUUUGGUCAUCCGAAUUUACAUCCAGCUUCAAUCCUCGUGGAGGUCCCCUAUUACAGGGGGAGGUUGGGCUCCCUUCUAGCAAGCAUGUCCAAAAUGGCCAACCAGCAUCUUCUGGAAUGCUUUGCGUAUGCGCGAGCGCUCUUAAAGCACUAGUAGGGAUAUUUAAAGGAUUUUUUCAGAAGGCUUCGAUUAAAGGUAGUGCAAAUUGGAAAAUGUCUCUUUUCACUAUCUUGAAAUGUAGAAAUCAAUUGGAACUCUGAUGCAAGGGAUUUUAAUGUCCAAAAAUUAUGUCUUAGGGCUGGCUUUCCUUCCACACCUGAAUUAAUGACCGGUUCUGCAAACUUAUUACAUUUUAGAACAUACACACAAUUCCUAAUUAGGUGAGUGCACUACAUUUCACAAAUGUAUGUAAGGGGUUUGGAAGAACCAUUCUUACUAUAAACAUUGGAACCAUAUAAUUGAUUAUUUCCUGAUCACGUAAUGUUUUGAAACCGGUUCUCUUAUUAUCUUCUUCCUCAGGUUACUUGCACUUCCCCUUUCAACUUAAUGGGAAAUGAAAAUGCUAUAUCUAAUAGUGCUGGGUUUAUCUUUCAAACAUUAACAAGCCGCUCAAAGGUCAUAUUCUUCACUUUUAGCACUGGCCAUUACAAGCAUCCAGUUUAAUUACCCAUAAUAAUUAUCAACCAUCAAUUUGUUUCCAGAAGCAAAUAAGAUGGGUUUGUGUAGCUGUAUGGUGCAUUGACAUUCAGUAUUAAUUAUGGCAUUGUAGUGUAUAGCUUUUAUUGAAAAAUCUGACAAAUGUGACAUCAACAUGUUCAGUUGGAUUUCUAAAACCUGUUUUGUUGUCAUCUCUAAGCAUGCUGAUGGAACCUUGUCAAAUUACUUCACUCAAUAUACACCAUUUAUGAAAGGUAUACACUCUCUCCUAUUUUUAGUUUUGCAUAGAGGCACCUUUAGAAACAUUGCUUCUUAUAACAUUGAACAAUUACGGCUAACCGAGGUACUGCAGAUGAUUGUAUACUAAGGUUCUUUCUGGCUUUCGGGGAAUGUAGUUCUCAAAUAUUAGUGGAAAACUGAAUUUGAUUAGUGUAUACAUUUAGUGUAAAAAUUAACACUCACUAGUUAAUAAGAAUCGGCUUUGAGGAAAAAGAUAUAUUUUAUACAAUUUUCUGUUACAAACAAUCAGCAAUAGUUUGCAAAAAUUCACUUUAUAUUUAAAACGAGAAUAGCAAUGUUUGUAUGCAGCUGCCUUGGAAGAUUUAAAGGGACAAUAUAAGUACCAUAAUAACCUCAUCUUCAUAAACUGUUUUUUUGUGGUAUAGAUUCUUCUUCAGCAGCUUUGUAACAUUUACAUUUUGAGUUUCCAAGCCUACAUACUGUUAGACAGACAGCCUCUAUGGGCUCGAGACUAGAAUUAUUGGUUUUGAUGUCCGACAUCAGUAUGCAAUAUAUGGGUGGUCAUGUAAUGCUUCUCUAUGUGCUGUAGAAGCACUGUAUUGACCGCUUACAUUGUUUGUCAUUUAUAUCCCAUGUGUCCACGAUGUGUCCCUAUGAGAAGCAUCUCAUUGGACAAAAGUCAUCAGACUUCAUCAGAGGAGAAUCAUUAUGUCCUAGACUCCAGGGAGAAAUCACCUUUUUACUACAAAGAAUCAGGCCUAAAUAGCUAUUUUACCACUCUGUCAGGAGUACAUGUUUGGUUAUGUCACAUCUGAGAUUUUAUUAAUGGUAGAAUUUAUCUGAGCAUUUUUUGUCUGUGUUUUGUCUCUUUAUAUCUCAAUAAAGAGAUAUAUCUGAGGCAAAGUAUGGUCUACUUUUUAAUCUAAUUGGCAAUUUUGGAUUUUUUUUGGCAAAUGGCACUUCCGUAGCCAUUUUCAAUGCACAGCUUUUGCCUUUGUAAGAUUAUCUACGGAAGAUCCUGUGAUAUUGUGAUAUUCUCCAUACAUAUCCAUAUACCCCAUUUUGUACUCUCACGCAUAUUUGAGAUUACAAUAAAUAAAAAAGACCCAUGGCAGACGAAGUACCCAGGAGAGGAAGAAGUAUGGUGAUGAGAAGAUGGCAGUGUAGUUGAGGGAAAACUUAAGGAGAUAUACUUACCUUAUCUGCCCACCACUCUGCCACCUUCACACGAGCGGACAUGCGAUCUUGUAAAGCCUUUGCAAUGCCUCUUUAACUUCGUAUUUGUUUUAUUGCAUUCUGACAAGUCCAUGUCACUUAUAUAGUAGUUUCCAAUCCUUAAUCAAGUAGGGAUAAAAAUAUCAGUUAUGGCACAAGAUAGUCACUUAAGCUGCUUAUAUAGCACCACCUGUGAAGUGUUUGGGAACUAACCUUAACAGAGCAAAAUCAAAGCACCGAAAAACUGACCUCUAUUGCUUCUCUUGAGGUCUUUCACUGUCAAAUCACUGACAUACAUAAAAAAAAAUAAAAAGAUUUCCACAUGUAUUGUUCAGACUGAUUUUUAUUGAGAUUCGAGAAAGUUCAUUGUAUUGACUUACCUUUUUGACUAAUUCUUUAUUCACGAUCGAUGGCUGUUUUUUUUUUUUUUUUUUUUUUUUUUUAAGAAGAAAUCAGCAAAAAGAAAUUUACAAAAGAAAAGCUUCGGGUAACUGAAAUUGUUCUCUGUAAAGGCAUUUGUUAAGCCAAAGUAAUCUAAAACACAGUCAGCUCAGAUCAUUUUAUAUCUUGCUGCAACCUGCUACAGGGGAACACCUACAGAGGAAUAACUGAAAUUGGUUUUCCGGACUUGACAAUGACAUCUAGUAAUUUGAAUUUUGAAUUUUGCUUUUGUGAACACUGGGAAAAACAUAGAGUUAACAUAGGAGAUACUUGUUUUUGAUAAAAACCUUCAUUGAUUGCACUAAGACAAGUACAUUAAGGACAGGGUGUCAUAUUUGCUAACUAAGCCAUGCUGUCAUACUUUGUUUUUUCCAAGCCUUGGAAAAGUAAGUGUAAAAAGUGCAAUAUUGAAAAACAUGCUUUCUUUACAUAGCAGUGCUUUGAAUGGACAGCAUGUGUGGUAGCAAUCUAAAUUUGCAGCUGUCUGGUGAGCUGUGUGCAUAUGGGAUUUGUUUGCACAUCAUGGGACAAUAUAUACUGGGCAAUUCUGGGGCAAUAUUAUAAUAAUGGACUAAUCAACAUGAACAUGAAUAUUCCACUUGAAUUUUAAAACCCUGAUAUAUACUUAUGAAUAUAUAAAGUGCAGUCACCAGUUCUGUUUCCAAAAGGCACUAAGAUUUUCUUUCUUCUAUUAAGAAAAUACAUGGUUCAAAUUAUUUGUGACCUUAUGAGAGCCAGAAUAAGGACCAUGUAUGUAUGACCAAUCAGCAGUCAAACUAAACUGAGAAUCUAAUCAUCCCUAUUUCUUUCUCCUCCUCCCAACAUUUGUUGUGGUGAACAUUGCAGUCCUUACCUAAUACCUAAUAAUGACAUCACUAUUCUGUAAUAAAUGACUAGUGUCUCGUUCUGACAUCAUUACUGUUACACAUGUUCUGUAGGAAGAAAACCUCUCACAGUUGGAUAUAUAAACGUUUUACUGUUUACUCUUGUAUUAAAUAAAAUAAUGUCAAGGUUUUCCAAACUUUACUUUCAUUUCAAUGAGGCUCCGAGCAUUUCCCCUGAAUAUUUGUAAACACACAUGUCAAAUAAUUGAACUAAUUACUUGCGUUUUGAUUUUAUUUAUGUGCAAUUAAAAUAUCACAUAAUUUCUGAUCGCUACACCUGUUUUUCCCCAUGUGCAUCACCAGAGAAUGUCAUUAGAAUGUUGUUAACCUCUGGUACGUGAGCACUAUUCUGUGUUUGUGGGUGGGAGGUAAACAAUCUUUGCUGCUGCAUCAAUUAAAUAGCUAAUAUUUGUCAUGGAUUUAAGGUGAAAUUGAUGAAAGCUUUGAAAAUAAUCUGUGACAAGGAGUUCAUUAAUUAGCUAAUCAUCUUUUAAAUGCAUGUACUUGUUGAAGUGAAUUCAUGUUAAAUGCUAAUUAUUGCCCACACCUAUUAUACACCCUCCCCCUAUUUCGAUUUUGUGAGCUGUGUGCUAUAAUAAACAGUUUAUGACAUGUGACACUGCUGUAGUUGUGUUUUCUCUCUUACAGCGGUGUGACAGCUUAUCUAUAAAAUAGGUCAUUGUAAUAAAAGUGAUUGCUCAUAAGAUGUUUUUAUAGCCAGAUGUUUGAAGUGAGGUAUAACAAUAUGUGCUAUUGUUGUUCAAAUUGUGCAUUUUUUCAGUCUUUAUUAUAAUUGUAGAGAAUGCUAGUUUUCUUAUUAGUCUGUUUAUUAAGUAUCUACAUAGCCUGCAGACAUUUACAAUUUGCAUAAUAUACAAGUAGUUGGUGACAAUAGACUUAUGGUUAUGAAAUACCCGUUCCAACCUCUGGGUCACCAGUGCUGUUUCCAAGAGGUUUAACUUACAUUUUUGAGUCGUCGGUUAACCAGAAAGGCAGAUGGGUAGACAGUUGCACAAUCAGUACACAAAUAUAUCAUUGCACAUUAUGUGAGAAGACACGUUUUCCCUAUUACUCAUAACCCAUGGUGGCUAAUAGAGAAGGAGGAAAGCUUGAUAAUUCUGGACUUGCUUUCCCCUAAAUAUGUGCUUUAGAAAUGUUGUCAUAUUUUCCAAUUAAAUUCUAAAGUAAAAUAUAUAUCACCUAAAUAAGGGAUACUGUAUAUUGUACACCUGUAAUAUACAUAUUAAAAAUAGUUUGAAACAAUAUAUAUAUAUAUAUUUAUAUAUAUAUAUAUAUAUAUAGGUAAUAAUGGAAUCAGUGCAAAAAUGCAGCAAAUAAAAUAAAUAAAUAAUUAUAUAUAAAAAAAGUUUACCCCAUAAAAUAGCAUGUUUUUGAGGUACAUGCAAUUAUUUUUGGUAUAUUAAAUAUUUAUUUGUUUUUCAAUAUAAAACAAAUGUACAUAUACAAUACAGAUAUACAUACAUUACAAAUACAAGCUUGGGAUAUACAAACAAACAAAAGUUCUUUAUAGAUUUUAGUGUAUUGAGGCUAUAGACGGUGAGUCUGGAAGGUGUUACCGAAUGUAGAGAGGUGUUAAAGCUGAGCAUAUAGAAAGUAACCCAGGGAAAUAGAAAGUCAAGGAAAAUCUUAUCUGAUUUAAAUGUACUAAUUAAACCACAGGGUCCAUAUUCUUUAAUACAUUUCUAAAUUAUCAUUUUAAAAAUAUAUUACCUUUUCCAUAUUACCUUGGUAGCUUAUUUGUCUUCUUAUCUCAUUGAUGGCUGGAAUUUCAUUUUUUUUCCCAUAUCUAGCUAGGUACAUGCCAUUUUGACCACUGCCUGGGACUUCAAUAUGAAGUUGAUCGGGUCACAGACAGUCUCGUUCAAGUUUCUGCAAAAAGGACUUUGUGACAUUUUUGACAUCUCACGAUUUGCUGCUGCUGAUUGAAGGGAGUAUUUGGCAAUGUUGCCAGUUCUAACCUCCUGCAGAAUCAGCCAUGAGCUAGCUCCAAGUUUAAAACAUGAAUGCAUAUAGAGAAAUACAUGACCAUGUUACAACAUCCCAUCAAUAUCAAUAUUUUUUUUUGUUUUGCCUCUAAUGUGGCAUUAAAAAUGUAAGCAUAUUUUAUGUCAGUUUAACGUUACUUACUUUUUAACUUUUUUGGGGGUUGGGUAAAUCAAUAACUAGAUUUCUUCUAUGUCACCAAAUUAAUUAAUUUAACAAGAGUAUUUGUUCUAUCAUUUGUGAAAUGGUGAUGACUGUAACCCCUGCUAUAAAAACUGUUGGCCAGCUGCAUAGAGAAUGUUGCUCCUGUUACAUAGACACCAAAUCAACUUGACAUGAGAGAACGAUUUGUGAAUCAAAUAAUUGUCAUUAAGAAUAAAUAAUGUAUCAUACAUUUUAGAUGAGGUGCUUUUAAAAAAAAGUGUUUAAACCACUUAAAAUGUUUGCCAUACUUAUAUAAGAAAAUAAUUGGGUUUAAAUCAAAUACAUUAUGAUUUACAGUUGUAACUGUCUUUUCCAUUUAUCAAAGAGAAAAUAAUGUAACAUUGCCAAAGCCCAAAAUGACCCAACAACGGGAGAAUAUUGCCAAAUAAUCUUUAUAAUACAAUAAUAAGCAGUUUCCAGCCAUCACACCACAAAUUCAUUUUCCAAGAGCAAAAUGCAUUUGAAUAUUAUUGACUCAACAGUAAUUUAUUGUGACAUUUAUUUUGCUUCUUGUCGUAAAUAUUGGACCAUAAGUGGUUUUUUAGUUAAAUGGCAUCUUCUAGAUAUCUACGCAUAUGGGGAAUUUCUACCAAAAAUGUGUCAAAUCCAUGAUUACAAUAUGGAUUAGAUGAACAGAGCAGAUAAUACAUGUACAGAGAUUAAAAUGUUUUUGUUUAUAUAUAUAUAUAUAUAUAUAUAUAUAUAUAUAUAGUCUUGAAAGGACAUUUUUUAUUCUCUGUGUGUAGGCGAUGUACACUAGAUAGGAAAACGCGUGUGUAUGUGUAUGUGUAUAUAUAUAUAUAUAUAUAUAUAUAUAUAUAUAUAUAUAUAUAUAUACAGGUAAUAUGGUACUCUGGCCGCACUGCAACAAGUCAGGUGAUCGCAUUUGCUGUACUCCUAUGGUGUACCUUCCUGUUGUUUGGGAAGUGAAAAAGAUAGCAAUCAUCUUUCAUUACAUGAACUCCUACUGUUCUGAGUUUUAUCAGUCAAAAGCACUUAACAUUGAACAAAUGUCACAAGAUUGCUGGAUAAGAAUAGGAUGUGAGUGUACACAGGAUACAAGAAUAUUUAUUUCCUUUGUGUUGUCUAUACAAAAACAUAUAGAGAAUGAUAUCAGUUACCUAUAUCUGAUGGAAUGGAUGGUAAAUAAACAGUAUUAUAGAAUCUUCAUUGUUAUAUAGGUUUACGUUCUGGACGUGAUAGGUUGCAGUUCAUUUGUAGGGAAAUUCAUAAACUUAAUGUGGUUUUUAAAAUGGAUCUAACAAUCUUUAGAAGGCCAUAUACUACAAACUGUACAACUGACGUUAGGCUAAAGUACAAAAAUGAAAAAAUGGAUUGAGUUGGGAAUUUAUCCAAUUCUUUUGUCAAUCAUCCAUAAUUCACAGUUUAUUGAAUAAUCCCUUUAGUCUGAGUGAUACGAUUUACACCCGAGAAGCCAUAAUUUUACAAAAGCAUUUUCUAUAAAUAUUAAUUGUAUUAAAGGACCACUAUAGUGCCAGGAAAACAUACCAGUUUUCCUGGCACUAUAGUGCCCUGAGGGUGCCCCCACCCUCAGGGUCCCCCUCCCGCUGGGCUCUAGGGUGAGGAAGGGGUUAAACUUACCUCUUUCUCCAGCGCCGGGCGGGGAGCUCUCCUCCUCCUCUCCGCCUCCUCUCUGCCUCCUCUCCUCCUCCUCGGCUGAAUGCACAUGCGCGGCAAGAGCCGCACGCGCAUUCAGCCAAUCUCAUAGGAAAGAAAAAUUCACAAUGCUUUCCUAUGGACGCUGGCGUCUUCUCGCUGUGAAAAUCACAGUGAGAAGCACGCAAGCGCCUCUAGCGGCUGUCAAUGAGACAGCCACUAGAGGCUGGAUUAACCCUAAUAUAAACAUAGCAGUUUCUCUGAAACUGCUAUGUUUAUAGAAAAAAGGGUUAAUCCUAGCUGGACCUAGACCACUUCAUUAAGCUGAAGUGGUCUGGGUGCCUAUAGUGGUCCUUUAAGAGAUGCCUGGAACAGACUUUGUGCAGCUUUCUGUAGGCAUCACUGGAGUAGAAGUCAAUAUUAAACUACUGACAUGAUAGACAGAAUGUGAAUAUGGGUAAAUAAUUUAGGUGGAGCCCUGCUGGCUCAUCAUUAGGACCAUGUUUAAUGCAAGGCAAAAUAACGUUUAUAGCAGCUAGUUACUUUAACUAAACUGACCUCAGUGUUACUCUUCAGAGGGGACAUGGAUGAAAGAGCUACCUCAUCCCCUAUAUUUAUGUUAAAUUGUGCAGAAUACUAGAUAUGUGAGCAUUUCUUUGUAUUUUGUCUGUGUAUCUGUCGGUCUAUAGAAAUCGUUCAUUCAUUUUUUGCAAAUUAUUUUUAACAUUCACUCAAAUGUUACGUUCUAAACGUUGGUGUUACCAGAACAUGAAGAAUGUUUUUGUUUAUUUUUGGAACAAGUUUUUGCCAAUGCAGUGUUGUGUUCUAGGCUAGAUUAUAUAAUCUUGUUGGGACCAUAUACUGUACAAAAAUCAAGAUACUUAUAAAUAUACAUUUAGUAAACAUCUUUAUUUACAUCCAAAUGAUUAAAUUAUACAUCCCAAAUUAUCUAAAAAAAGACUUUCAGACUUUUUUUUUAAAUGCAGCUAUUGUUCCUUUAUGAAAUACGGAAUACAUCUUAUUGCGUUUCUUUUUAACAUCCAUAGCAAGACGCAAUAACUCUCAGUUCAUUUAUGCCAUGUUCAAAAUUUCCCUUUUGCCAAUUAAACUGCAUAAAUUGUGUUUUUUGUUAGUCAUGGUAUUUGAAAGAGCAUUUAAUACAGAUGGAGAGAAUCACAGGGAAAGAAAAGCAAUGUUAUUUUCUUGUUUUUUUUUCUUUCUUUCUUUUUUUUAUAUUUGCAUAUGCUUGUCAAAUCUGCCCCUGCCAUUCUUAAUGCCAUUAUUGAGGAAAACAGACUGACCUUUUCCCAAGUUUUCUGUAUUGGAUAGAUCUAACAUGUAUUUGUUAUUUUAUUUGUGUAACCCUUUGAGCACUAUAGAGACUUCAUAACACAUUGUCUUCCCCUGUGUCCGUAUAUUCGUAUAUUUAUUUCAUUCGUGUGACAGUCUGUUACUUUUAUGAGUUUGGAUGAACCACCUUCAUGCACAUGUAGAAUAUUACUGUAGUCUACACAUUUAUUGGCACAGACUUUUCCAUCUCAUCAGAGUUCCCGGUUUUCUUUCUUUUGAUUUCUUUUUUAUUGUUCUUUUAAAUUAUUUUGUAUCCUGCAUUUUGUUUUAGCAGUAUUUUUAAAAUAAAAAUAUAUAUUAAAAAUAGUCACAAUAGUAUUACGUGUCCAUCAUGCAGGCCCAUGGAACAUUUAAAUUUACAUUUUUUUCUAUAGAUAAAUGAAUAGAAAUAAUAGAAUAAAACUCCCUUGGCCUUUUGAUACUGAUAGAGUUCAGAGAGAUGGUAAAAUUGGCUUUCAGCAUGCAACAUGAAUGCUAGUAACAAUUUGAGGAGAUCUUAUGCUUGCCUUUUUGCUGUCAUCGUCAUAUUAUAGUAUCUGUGCUUAAGGCUACUAUAGUUAGGCUACAUUAAAUCCCAUUGUCAGUCAAGCUAGCCAAUGUUCAUGAUGCGUACAAGCUGGAGCUGACAAUUGUGAUCUUUCCCUCAAACAACUUCACUCUCUGUUCCUAUCUUGUCACAAAAUAAAUGCAGUAAUAUUGUACAUAUGUCUGAUGUUCUGCAGAAUCAUUUUUCUUGUUUUAUCUUUUAAGAAAGGAUAAAAAAAUGAUACAAAGAAAAUCAUUCUAAAUGGAAUUUUGCAUGUAUGUUGUUUUUAUGCAAAUGCACUACUGUCAUUUUUUUUUUAUCGUUCUGUUGCUUGCCGCUUAAAAGUAGAAUUUCUGAUUAAAUACUAAUAACAAUAAAUGUGGAAUAACUAGUUUAGGUAAUUGACUUUGUAUGCAUAAAAUCUUCUGGAUUCUAACUACUUAUUUUACCAUAAGUCACAAAUUGGCCCACCCCUUGUCAUCAAUGUAUUUAAUGCUGAAAUGCUCAUAUCCGGAAAACAACAAUUUAGAGAUUGUUUUUGGAUAUAUAUUCCACCAAUGUGCUAACCUAAUAUAAGCAAGUGAAUAUGAGAAAAUCAACUCUGUUUGUCUUUACAAAUACAUACAGCUAUUACGUCUAUGAGUUAUAUAAGCUUUUAAUAUAGAGCACAGGUAGGCAACAAUUGGCACUUCAGAUGUUGUGGACUACAUCUCCCUUGAUGGUUAACCAGCGUUUCGGCUGUAAGAGCAUUAUUUGAGAUGUAGUCCACAUCUAGGGUGCCGAAGGUGGCCUAUCCCUGGUAUAGAGGCCUAAUUUAUCUAUAUUUCUGUUAUCUAGAAGUAUCAUAAAUUGAAUGUGAGAAAGUUAUGCACCUGGAGUAUUUACCACCUCUGUACCUUGACUUCAUAUGUCAUCAGAAAGCUAUGUAAUAUUGGCAUGCACUGUUUGAAAGUUAUGUCACUGUAGAAAAUAAAACUAUAUAUAACAGUGUGACCUUGAGCCUGAUUGGGUUCUCUCUCUCUCUCUCUCUCUCUCUCUGUAUUCAGACCCCUUCAUUUAUUUUUUCACAUUCAAUGUUUCUUACAUUAUUUUAUUUUAUUCAUGUCAGUCACUAGCAAAAAUAGAUUUUUGAAAACUGAGCAAAUUUGUGAAUAAAAAGAUAUAUCACAUUGACAUGAGUAUUCAGACCCUUUGCAAUGAUACUUGAAAUCUAGCUCAGAUGAAUCCCAUGUAUCUGGUUAUUCUUUGAGAUGUUUUCUAACCUUUGAUUAGAGCCCACCUGUGUCAAAUUCAAUUGACUGGACAUAUUCGGAAAGGCAACCACCUAUAAAUGUAUAGAACACAUCUAAAAAAUGUCUCACAGCUGUACAUGUUUAUAUGAGCAACAACAAGCUAUGAGAUCUAGGUAACAGCCUGCAGAGCUCAGAGACAGAGUUGUAUCAAGGCAAAGAUCUGGAGAAGGCUCUAUAAAAAUGUUUGCUUUAUUGAAGGUUGCCAAGAGCACAGUGGCCUCCAUAAUUAUUAAAUAGAAAAGCAGUUGGGGAGAAGGGCAUUGAUAAGAGAGGUGACCAAGAACACUCUGAGUGGGCUCCAAAGAUCAUGUUAUGAGAUGGGAAUAUUUGUGUAAAGAUAAGCAGCAGUGCAACACUUCACUAAUUUGGCCUUUACGGCAGAGUGUUCAGACAGAAGCUUCUCCUCACUGCAAGACACAUGAAAGCCCACUUGAACUUAGCAAAAAGAGCACCUAAAGGACAAACAGACUGUGAGACAGAAUAUUCUAUAGUCUGAUAAAACAAAGAUUGAACUGCUUGGCCUCAAUUCAAAGUAUCAUGUUUAGGGCAAACCUGUCACUUCUCAAUACCACCCCAACAGUGAAGCGUGGUGGUGGUAGCAUCAUGUUUUGCGGGUGUUUUUCAGUGGUAGGCACUGGGAAACUAGUAAGGGUUGAUAGAAAUCUGUCUGUAGAAAAAUACAAAGAUAUCGUCAAAGAAAACAAUUUCCAGAGCACUCAGGGUCUCAGACUGGGCUGAAGGUUCACCUACCAGGACAAUGACCAACGCAUAAAGCAAAGACACCUUAAAAGUGGCUUAGGGGCAACUAUGUGAUGUUCUUGAGUGGUCCUGCCAGAGAUUGGACUUGAACCCAAUCUCUGGAGAGCCCUUAAAAUGACAAUCCCUAUUCAAGCUGGUAGAGCUUGAGAUGGUCUACAGAGAUGCAUGGCAGAAACUAUCCAAAUCCAAGUCUGCAAAGCUUGUUGCAUCAGACCCAAAUACACUUUAUGCUAUUAUUACUGUCAAAGGUGUUCAACUGAGUAUUGAGGUGUGUUUCUGAAUAAGCAUGUCAAUGGGAUAUUUCAGGUUUUUCUGUUUGAUAUAUUUGCAAUAUUGUCAAAAAUCACAUUUCUGUUGCAGCAAAUUUUAUAAAUCCUAAUCAUGAAGUAAAUGUUAGCAUCCAUGGAACACUAGUUUUAACACAUUGUAAAGAUAAAUGUUUGUGUGUGUGUGUGUAUAUAUAUAUAUACACACAAACAUUUAUCUUUACAAUGUGUUAAAACUAGUGUUAUCGAUUGCUAUACAUAUAAAAUGUGUUAAAACUAGUGUUAUCGAUUGCUAUACAUAUAAAAUGUGUUAAAACUAGUGUUAUCGAUUGCUAUAUAUAUAAAAUUCCAAGCAAUUUAAGAACUGUUAUGCUAUCAUGUAUUGCAUAAUAGUGGUGUGUUUCAGAAGGAAUAGAUCACUCUAACUACCUGGCUAGCUUUUCAGAUGUAUAUAUGUAUACAGUAGUUUUUCUCUAUAAAAUCGCUGUACCUGUAAUAUCCCUUUAAAAUCAAAGUUCAUUAUAUGAUACCGUCAUUGCCUAGUAGUUUUGUCCCUCUUUAAUGCUGGCUUUGAUUGUGAAUUAACUAUGUGAGCUACUCUUCGAUUGCUGAAUUCCUGCAUAACCAUAACACAAAUGUAUCUUUAAUAUACAGGUGUGAGAGCAGGUGCUAACUAGGAGUUUGCUCUAAUGAUUUACUUGAAUUACUUUUAUUGACAGCAUUUUAUUGGUAGAACCUUUGGUACGCAGAGAGAUUUGGGGCAUGAAGGGGAGGAGGAGGAUUUAACAUCAUUUAUCUCAUAUAUUUAAUAAUCAAAAUAAUGUUAUUUACAAUCCCUAGAAUGCCUAAGGGUCUGCUGCCUAAUGCGUUAUAAAGGAUUGCAGGCAUUGUAGCAUUAAAGGAGUUAAUAAGCAUAAAUAGUGAAAUAGCAUUCUCUGUGGGUAUAAUAAACUAUUAAAGGUCCAAUUCUGUACUAGGUAAAUUGCAGAAAACAGUUUUGUAAACAGGCUACAUAGCCCUUUUUGCUCUUAAUGAUUGUUUGCCUAGGAGGGUUACAUUUUAAAACACUGCAUCUCUUUACAAGAGUGAAGAAAGUACCAUGAAAAAAAAAAAUUCUAGUUGAAUGUAAUGAUUUUCUUGGGGACAUAAUUAAAAAAAAAAAAAAAAAAAAUCAAACUGAAAUAUAUUGCGGAUAGUCUUUGCUUCUGUUGACUGGAAAUGCUUUGGGAAAGUGAGGCAUGCAGUGCAGAUGAUAAUGCUGUCAUGUUUGAUUUGAACUGUAUUUUCUCUGUUGUUUGAAGCUCAGAUUGGAUGCAGUGCCUGCCUGACCCAUUUUAACAGCCCAUUAUAAUAAUUUCACUGCCGCAUGGCCACCGAGUUAAUGUACUUACAAAUGACAGAGAAAGUGUGUUACAUGACCUUAGGGUUUUUAAAAAUGAAAUGACGUAGAAGAUUAUAUAUCAAAGAUUUGUAAAAGAAUGUAUUUUUUACUGUGCCUUUUUUACUUCUGUUGCUCAUGGAGGAAUAUGAUUUAUUUGUAGUUUAUUUGUUAAGUUUUUGUGUAAAAAAAAGUAAAUUAAAUAUAAUCACAUUUAUCGAUUGCUAAAGCCAAAAUCCAUCCCUUGCAGAAGGAAACAGUGAAUUGCGGAGAUAUUGGAGUCUCACAUGGUUUGCCUUAGUCUUUGCACUGCUGGUGGUAAAUUUUUUUUUAAACUGUAAUUUGUACACAAAUCCUCAAUGCCUUCUUAUAUUAAAAGAAAACUUGAAUAUUUUUAUUAUUGAAAAAGAAAACACGUUAUAUAGUCAAGAUAUUAGUUGAGCAUAGGUUAAUAAUACCUACUUAAAUUCCCCUUUCCAAUAUAUCUUCUACAUCACCCUUGCUCCACCAGAGCUGCCAUCUUUGAGUCUGAUCAAAGUCCAAUUGCAAUUUGAACAGUUAACACUCGAUAAGAGCACUGUUUUAAUAUCCUUGGUGCUUGUGCAUGAUAUUAGAAUUUGUGAACACACUGUAGCACUCUUAUUAACCUGCAUGUUCUAUGAUUGUAUAAAUAGAGCAUCUAACCAAAACCUAAAAGAUAGUACCUUACAUGGAGAGAGAUCCAGGAGAUGCAGUGGGUAGAUGUACUUACGCAUUACGUAAUAAUUGAUGUAAAAGCUAAAUUGCACACACUCUGUUAUUUUAAAUAUUUUAAAAAAGUAAUGAAAUAAUUUUUCCAUUUCUUAUGUAUGAGCAAUUGGUAUGUUCUGUAUCUAUGAGCCUAUCACAGAGUUUCGUAGCAAUUAAAAUGACAGUGAUAUAGUUCAAACUACAGAUAAUUAGUUUAGAAACGGAUUUGUGUAAAUAAAAUAUAUAUUUGCUUGUUACAAAUGACUGCUGUAUCAUAGCAAGAUGUAUGUCUGUACCUCUAGCUUUACCCAAUGAAAAACAAGUGUUCCAGUGUUUGCAGGAAUGCUGCAUAAAAUCAAUGCAUGUAUCUUUUUUUUAGGAUAAACACUUACAGUCUGGGUUCCAUGCAUUUCCCCUUCUUUUUCUAGAAGCCAUGAAACAUGAUAGAUUACGCAUAUUGUGUUGUUCCACAACAAUAAACCGAUAGCAUUGUGGUUUUACCCACUUAGUGAUGGCUAAAAUGUUGUUUCUUUUUCAAUGUAUUUUGGCCAUUUAAAGACAAUCCUAAGCUGUGGGUAUCGAGACACAGCUGUUAUUGGAUAUAUAUUGAGACUGGCAUAUACUGAGCUAUUGCUGGAUGUUCACCAGUACAGAUCUGAUUGACUGCUGUGAUCUGAGAUUAUUUACAGCCAAGACAUGAAAUCACAUAUAAUUAGGCUUAGAAUGGCACAUAGGUUAGAAAGAGAUUUGUAUUUUUGUUUAGAUUGGAUGGUAGAAACUAGUGAUAAAAUACCCAUGUGAAAACACUCAAACUACCCCAUGCAAAAUAGCCCAGUCUCUCCUCUUUAACAAAUAGUAUGCACCAUGAGGACGAUUUUCAGUUGGGGGUUCAAUUCAGUCCCUAAUAUGAGAUGGGCAUCAUUAGAUCAUUUUGCUAAAAUUGCAGUCUGAAUUAGAAAGUGGCCACCAAACUAUAAUAAAGUAUUGAAAUACUCAGUGGAAGUAGAGAAACCUUUUUUCUGUUUAAGUCACAUCAUGAUUACAAUUUUCAUAGUGAAAAUUAUAAUUACAUUUGUGUUUGAAAACUUUACCAAUGAUAAAAUGUAAGUGGAAGUUUAGAGAGAGAUUGGUGAUAAAUCUCACAUAAAAUAGUGAGACGGCCCAUUGGUAAAUGGGUGUCUAUUUUCUACAGAUGUAAGCUGUUAGGGGAUUCAAAUUUAAAUCUUUGCACAACUUCAUCUGUCUGCACUAUAAUUUCCUCUUUGUUCUCUAUGACCAAUACCUGAAACCAAUAAAAUUGUUUGGAUUCCUAGACAUUUAAUGUAUUCCUCAUUUAGGGUAAAUACAUUAAUCUUUUUUGCAGUAUUUUUUAUUUAUUCAUUUUUUUUAGGUAAAUUGCAGACCUUUGAUAAACCUUCAGACUCUAGCCCUAAAACACAAUUUUUACUUUUUGGCCAUUUAAAAUGUUGGAAAAAAAUACUUUAUAAUGAAUUCCUUUUUAUGGACUGGGCGAGUGUUAAGUACUUGUUUAUUAAUUGAGCCAGAGGCACAAGGGUUCGUUAAGAUGUAAAACUUUCACAGUUUAGUUAACCAAGAAUAAAAAUGUUUGUACUCUAUUAAUAAUAGAAAUUUAGCUUGUAUAAACUGCAAUGAUAUAAUAAUAAAAAUUGAGAUUGCAUCUGAUGGUAAUCCUGCUAGUCAAAUGUCCUCUAUUCUCUGAAACAUCAAUGUAGCAUGCUAUAUAGCACAUGAUUGCACAAGCACAAGGGUUGUUUCCCCCUUUUGUUAUGGUGAUUUUUAAAAAACAGAUUAUGCAGGGUUUAGCCAUUUUGGGUGUGUGGUUUCCCAAUUUCUGUGGAAACCACACACCCUCAACCCAGGUCACAUGUCAUCCACUUCCUACAGUGUCAGCUAUGCCCCCAAAAAGCUUAGUGCCAUAUUUGUGCCCAGCUUCUCAGUGCCGCCUCUGACCACAUACAGCUUCCCAGUGCCAUCUUUGUCUCAAAAUAGCUAAUCAGUGCCAUCUCUCUGGGUGUAUUUUGCAGAGUCAAUAUAUUUGUAAUAAAUAAAUUUAUUUAUAGAUGUAUGUGAAUUCAAAUGAGUAUUUGUGUAUAAUAUUAAUGUGUGCAGAUGCAGUUAUUGAAUAUUUGUAUGGAAUGUAUUCGUGAAUGAAAUAAUCUAUUUGUAAUAUGCUUGUGUGUGUAUGUUUGUAUGUAUGUAUGGGUGUCCUUCACUGGAUGUUACUGUGUGUGCAUGCAUUGUUGUUUUCAGCAGUAUGUUUGUUUAUUUUUCUGAAUGUCCCUGUGUGACAUCUCACCAUUCUCUUCCACUUUUGGCUCUACCCCAUCCCCAGGGGCGUUGCUCUGUGGACUAGGGACUUCAGCCCAAAAAAAUACAUCUGAUAACACCUCCUAUAGUUGAUAUUAAUCUUGCCCAAUAAUCCACCUCAGCUGCACCGUAAAAAAUACAUUAAAAAUAUUAUGAAAUGCUGCCCUCCCCUCCUCACCAAAAGCAUGCACACCAAAACACGACCACAUCCAUUAUGCUAUGCAGUGUGUGUAGUGUAUGCUUGGAAUGCAGUGUGUAUCUGCAUCUGUGCAGGGAAUGCAGUGUGUCUCUGUGUGUGCGCAGGGAAUGCAGGGUAUGUCUCUGUGUGUGUGUGCACGGGAUGUAGUGUGUUCUACAUUUUUUAAAUUUAAAAAACAUCCACAAUUUUUUUUUUAUGUUUUCAAGAAUAUUCAUUCCACAAAUAUGUAAACUGUAUGUUAAAAAUAAGCGUGGACAAUCUCGACUAAAUAACUAAAAAAUGUGCAAGGAUUUAUGAAAACCCCAUUGUUAAAAUGUUGAUAUUCAGCGUGAGGAAUGCUAUUGGGGCACCACACGCCUGCUGUUAUGACUUAUUAUAUAUUGCACUGCAAAAAUAAAGAAUUAUAAAAAAAUAAAAUAAAAAAUAAAAUAAAAAUAAAAAUAGUCCCCUCAAGGACCCAUGGAGUCUAAUGGGCCACGGAGGGGGUUUUCUCUAAAAUACUGGCCCCCAUUCACAAUACAGUAAUAUAACAAAGUUCUGUGAUACCCAGCUCAAGCUGUCUCUUCUCACCUUAACUACUGUUGCUGGCUGGCUGCUGUGACUGGCAGGCUGCUUUGGCCGGUUGGCUGGUGUGGCCCGCUGGCCCGCUGGCAGGCUGGCUGCUGUGGCUAGCCGGUUGACUGCUGCUGACAACUUUGUGUGUCUCUUUUUCCCCCCUCCCUUCUGUGUGUCUCACCCCCCAGCCUUUGUGUGUGUCUGUCAUCCCUGCAGCCUUUCUGUGUGCCUCUUUGUCUCUCCCAGCCCCUUUGUGUGUCUCUUUCUCCCCUGGCCAAUUUGUGCAUCUGUUUGUCCCACAACUCCUUUGUGUGUCCUCUUUUCCCCCUUUCCCAGCCCUUCUGUGUCUCUUUGCCCCCCAAGUGAUCUUUGUCUCACCAGCCCUUCUGUGUGUCUAUGUACCCCCAGCCCCUUUGUGUGUGUCUCUAUGUGCCCCCCCAGCCCCUCUGUGUGUAUCUCUAUGUCUCCCCUCAGCCCACCUCUCCUCCUGUGCCCUCUUUAGCCCCCCUCCCCUCCUGUGUCCUCUUUAGCCCCUCCCCCCUCCUGUCUGUUUACGCAGCCCCCCAUCUAUGCCCUCUUUAGCCCCCUCCCUUUAUGUGCCCUCUUUCGCCGCUUUCCCCUCCGGGUCCCCUUAUGUAGCCCCCCUUCCCUCCUGUACACUCUUUAGCACCACUCCCUUCUGUGUCCUCUUUAGCCCCCUUCCCUCUUGUAUCCUCUUUAGCCCCUCUCCCCUCCUGUCUGCUCGUGUAGCCCCCUCCUGUGCCCUCUUCCCCAUCUGUCCCCUUAUUUAGCCACCCUCCCCUUCUGUGCCCUUUUUAGCCCCUCACCCCUCCUGUUCCGUUAUGUAGCUCCCCUACACUCCUGUGCACUAUUUAUCCUCCUGAGCCCUUAUGUAGCCCACCUUCCCUCCUGUGCCCUUUUUACCCUUCCCCUUCCUGUGCCCUCUUUAGCCCCCUUCCCUCCUGUGCCCUUGUUUGCCCCUCUCUGUGCCCUCUUUAGCCACCUUCCCUCCUGUGCCCUCUUUAUUAGCCCUCUUCCCUCCUGUGCUGUUUUUUGCCCCCUCCCCUUCCUGUGCCCUCUUUAGCCACCUCCCCUCCUGUGCCCUUGUUUGCCCCUCUCUGUGCCCUCUUUAGCCACCUCCCCUCCUGUACCCACUUUAGCCCCUCUCCCCCAUCCCCUUAUGUAGCCCCCCUCCCCUCCUGUGCUCUUUCUUUGGCUCAUCCCCUACUUGUGCCCUCUUAGCCCCCUUCCCACCUGUGCUCUUAUGUAACCAUUUAACAGCCUCCUGAGCCCUUAUGGAGCCCACCUUCCUUCCUGUACCCUUUUUACCCCUCCCCUUCCUGUGCCCUCUUUAGCCCCCUUCCCUCCUGUGCCCUCGUUUGCACCUCCCCGUGCCCUCUUUAGCCACCUUCCCUCCUGUGCCCUCUUUAUUAGCCCUCUUCCCUCCUGUGCCGUUUUUGCCCAUCCCCUUCCUGUGCCCUCUUUAGCCACCUCCCCUCCUGUACCCACUUUAGCCCCUUGCCCCAUCCUCUUAUGUAGCCCCCUCCCCCCUUCCCUGUAUGUGCUCACCUUCCAGCUUUAUUUUCCAGCCCAACCAGCCUUCCAGGAGCUUUGAGGGCCUUCAGACAGGAGGCGGAGCUUAACACAAAGGGUGGGACUUAGAGAGAGGGGCGGAGCCUACCACUGCAAUGGGUCUCUACUCACAGAGCGUCUGGGCUCUGUACACCCCGUGCACCUGCCCAGGGUAGGCUGUGUUUGUAUGCAUAUAAAUAGGAGUUGUAGGUAGAUGUAGGGGAUAUAGUGUGGGUGUGUUGUUGAACAUAGGGGCUUAGGAUGAUAGUGGGAGUAUAGGAAUGAUAGCAGAAAGAUAGAGGCUGAGGGACUGGCCCUGACUGCAGUAUUUUGUUCUUUUGUUUUUACUCUUGUCUUUUGUUCUUAGUACACUUCAGUUGUGUUCCUCAACCUUUCUUCUGAAAUAUUAUUAUUAGCAUUUAUAAAAAAAGCCAACAUAUUCUGCAGUGUUUUACAAUUAUAGAAAGGGGAUAUUGGAAGUAAAGAAGGCCCUGUUCAAAUGAACUUACAAUAAAUGAGUGGGUAAGACACAUUUUCCCAGCCAUUACUCUUAAUGUAAACCUUUUAACAAGCCCCCAAUAUCAGUGUUUCAUAUUAAGUUACAUUAACUUGUGUCUGCUGCCCCCUAGGAUACUUCAGUAGUAGCCCCACAAGGUUUGUGUCAUAUGUUAGGAAAUGGGUGAUUGAAAAAACUGGGUAAAAGGGCAUAAUCAGCUGUUUAAGCACUCACAACGUAACUGCUCGCUUUCUUUGUCCAUAGUCCUUCCAAUCUGAGUUGAUCCAAUAUAACAGACUUUCAUAAUUCCCCUUUAUUAUACAACUAAUUCUAGGUUUAGACAGUACUCAUUGGCUAAUAGUGUCAGAUGAAGGCUCUCAAUGAGUACAAUGAAUACUGUUUAAAUCAGGUAUGAGUUUUAUGAUAAUAUAGGAGUACCACCCAAUUGAAAUAGUGGAGUUUGUUACAAACACAAGAGGCAUAUUACUCUGCAAUAUAAACGGCACUAUUUUAUACUGCAGGGUUAAAACAAGGGAGACAUGACAUUCAGACCACUUCAUUGAGGCAAUAUUAUUUAUAUUGAUAUUGAUAUUUUUAUUUCAUAUACUCCUUGUUUCCAUGUGCUUGUUUCCCUGUUUGUUCUUUAAUAUGCUGACCAGCCAUAGUGUCAUGCUAUAUUUUUUAUUUAUUGUUCGUCUUUUGUACAUAACAUGAUCUCCUACUAUUCAAAAAUGCCAGCCAUGCCUACACUCUGACUCCCAUGAGGAAUUUAAUGUACACUUAUUAAUAAGGAAAAAUAAUCAGACAUCUUUUCAAAUUACUAAGGUGAUGAAUAAUUGUAAAUAAAAAUCUAGUAUGGUGGUAGAUGCUGAGCAUCAUGGGAAAUGGAAUUCUUAAAUAUCUGGAAGUGCUAACAUUGCCAUCAUAGGUAUAGUGAAUGAGCAAGUCACGUAUCCACGUACACAGUUACCAUGUUUUGGAUUAUAAAAGGUGUUUGUUCAUUCAAUGCUAUAAAUCUGCUCCCUUUCAUGAACUUUGACACUGGAGCUUCCAUAAAGGUGUGAAUCACAUACCCAGCCUCUAACUAUUAACCUCUAGCUAAAGAGAGAUUCACUUCUUAUGACAAUCAAUUAUUGUAAGGUAUAUUUAAGCUGGUUUAAUGUGUGAUCAAAUGUGAUCAUUCUGAAAUGCUUUAACCAGCUAUUAACUGAAAUAUCAUUGAAGCAGUACCACAUUAUUUGAUUUUGUAUGAUCUUAAAAUGGAAUACAGCUGCAAGGUCAAGAUCUCACUGUCUUUUUUUAAGACUGUUUUUUUUAAUAUAAGUAUUAGUAGGUAGUAAAGGUUUAGUAGUGCUAUAAAUUCUCUUCCCUGCCAUUCAAACAGUAAAGGUAGAAUUUGAUGCAGGCUUCUAGUGACGGAAUAUAAAUCACUCAAGAUUAAAUUACUAGAUAAUUUGGAAACUUAACAGUUUGCAUUUUACACUUUCAAUUGUUUUGCUGACUUGCACUUUUUAUGUCCGUGCUAGAAUUUAUUAACAGUCUUGAAGACAUCUAUCACCUUUCUCCUUCUUAGUAUCCAAUGGGUACAUUUUCACAGGAGCGAGAGUUGCAACACUGAUGCCUGCAUUAGGUACUCCAAAAAGAUUGCUAUAUUUCCAUUGACAUGCAGUGCAUUACCAUAAUUGGCUUUUCUACAUGAUAGGACAGAGGAAAUAAUAAUGUCAUUUUAUUUACAGCCAAAGUGUCCUUUUAUGAGACUUCUCCAAGUUUCUGCCAUGCUGUGUAGGUCAAAUGACAUCUUUUGAUCAGCCCUGUCCAAAGGCAUCAAAGCUGAGUGGCAUGUAAUGGAGACCUAGUGACAAACCAAAUCUAGAAAAGAAAUAAGACUGCCAGUUUCCCAUUAAACAUCCUGCUAAACAGCACAGCUUCCCCGUGUCGGCUAUGAAACCAUUCUGACCACCUAAAUAAGGAGAAUGAAAGGAGGCUGAAUUGGACAUUAGUACUACAAAUGACUGUGGUGAUUGCCACAAUUUCCCUCCUCCAAAAUAAAAAGAGAAAAAAAAAAUAAAAUCAGCAAGCAAGCCAUGCGAGGUAUAGUUAGACAGAUCCUCUCCCAUUUCAUUUACGUUCUGCCACUUGCUGGUUUUCUGAUCUGGUUUAUUUAGGUUUGACAUCAGCCAAAUGGUGUAGCAGGAUAUCUGUGACAGGUAUUCUUACAGAUUUAACAAGUUGCAGGCCUUCUGAAAAGAUAGAUCUGCCACAAAAGGGUUUUUUUUUUUCCAUUCUCUCUGCAAUGGUCCGGCAUUCAGCUCAUAGUUAUUGCAUGUUCUCGACUUUUGUGUGUCUGUGUGUAUGUGUAUGUAAAUGAUUUGUUAUUGCAGGUUUGCAAUGGGAAUUUCACGUAUAUAUUGUAUAUGCAAUUGAGCAAAUUUGAGCUCUGUUCUCAUGGCUGGUGGAAAAAUAAGACUUUUUGUGCUUUAGCUACGUGCUGUGUGGCUUAAGAAACACACUUUAUUGAGCUAACAUUCUUAUUCAACUGUGAAAGACACAAAGAGGAUUGGAAUGUGCAAUGAUCUAUUGAGCAUUAGAUAUGCAACUUAACUUAUUUCGUUUUUUUGCAGUUGACUCUUCUGUUUUCUCUCUUAUUCUUUUCCUUCGAUUAUUAGCUUCUUUUUUUUUUUCUAUGUUACUCUUCUUUAGUAUUUUGCCAGCUUUGAACUACAGUAAGUGUAUUAUUGUUUAUUGACUAAUUAUGUGAUACAAUGAAAACAAUCUAUGAUCUAAAGGAAGCAUUUGCAGAAAGUUGUAAACCUUAACACUUUUAUAAGGUCUUUUUUAUCGUUUGUUUUAUUUGGUCAGGGGUGAUAUAUGAAUCCAUUCAAAUAUUAUUCAAAUGUAAAACUGGAAAAAACCUAUAAGUGUUACAACACAACACUACAAUACAGAAACUUUAAGAUAUCUAUAUGAAUGGUGUUUCUCAUUUAAAUAUUAAUGUUAAAAAUAAUUUUUUUCUUAAUUAAACUUUGCACCAUAUGUAGCAAUUAUUUCAUGUGGUCUUGUAGUUGGUUGUUUAAUAAUAUUAAUAAUCUCUCUCUCUCUCUUUUAUAUAUAUAUAUAUAGUGAGAGAGAGAGAGAGAGCAAACAUCUAAUUAAUUUUAUUCCAUUUUACAUUUUUAACAAAAAUUUAAGAUAUCAACGCAAUUGUCACUAAAGAGUGAUGUUCAGUUAAACCACUUCAUUCCCAAUUCUAUUUUCAUCCAUUUAAAACAAAUAGAAUUUCAUUUUUGAGCCUGAAGUAAAAAAAAAUAUAAAACUAAAAAUAAAGGCUAAAAUAUACAUGCAUACUGAAUUCAUUUUCUGAGAGCCUAAGGCAAGUUAGCCUCCCAGUCUUUGUCAAUUCGAUCUCUGCUGCUCUCAGUAUUACAGAAAACCCAACUUCCACCAAAGUGUCACAUGUCUAGGUGAGCCGUGCUGUCCCCUAUCUAAAGUGACAGCCAUCUUUGAGUACCAGUUCCUUAAAAGACUUGUAUGUCAUCAGACACUGUAAUAAAACAUUAUUUUGGAAAUGCUGAUUUUUUACAAAUUAUUUUCAGUUUAAUUUCUUUUGGGAUUGUCUUUUUCUCAUAAAAAAAUACUAUACAACUUUGCCUUUUGGAAGAAUGUAUGAGAUUAGAAAAUAUAUAAAUAUAGAUUGGUAUAAUUGUAUGCAAUGCCAAACCACCAUACACAUUUGCCUAUUCUUGUUUUUUGUGUUCCUUAAAAGGUGAGUCAUACAUAUAAAGUUAUCAUGUAUACUGAAUUGAAAUCUGCAUGAUGUAAACUAAAGUAGUUGACAAAGAACAUUUUACCCAGAUCAGAUUUUUUACAAUAUUUACGAUCUUGAUUUACUUUACAGUGAUCAAAUGUUAUACGACUUUAAUACGAAAGAAGACAAACAUACACUUUUUAAGUAAAUACAUCUAUAUUGAUUGAACAGAAAAUAGUAGAAAUAUAUCAACUGAUUUCAUUGUAUUUCAAAUUUUGUUAUAUAUAUUUUGUUUGUUUUAAAAAAAGGCUAAUACAUUUUAAACAAUAAGCAUAUAUUUUAAACAUAGCUGGUUUGAGGGUUUUUUUUGUAAAUAUUUUAGAUAUUAUUCUUUUAAGUACUAUUUCAUACAAAAAAAAUGGGGAAAAUAUGAAUUUGAAGGCUCUCUCUUGAUACAACAAAUAUUCAUAUAUUUCAUUGUGUCUGCUUAAAUUAUUUCGCAAAGCAUUUAAUGUUAUCCAGAGAAGACAGCACAUCUGUUUCAUCAGAACAGAAAGACAGUGCCAUCCAGAUUCCAAUGAAUCUACGUGGGCAUCUUACUACUGCACUAGAACAUACACUGCACUAACAUUUUAUAUGGGAAAAGAGGUGGAGGAUUUUAGGGGACCAGAAUGGGUUAAUCCGUCCCUUUUUAGUAUAUCUUAUUUUAGAAUAAAAGUAUGUUUACUUUUCUUUUUUGUUUUUGAUGCAUGAAUACUUACAGAGAGAUUUAGAUAAAUAGAUAGAUAUUUUGGUGGUGUUGAACAUAGUCUUUAAGGCACCUAUUUCUGCCAUAGCGUUCCCUCUAAUCUAACCAAGUAAUUAAUGCAUGUCCAAUAUCCCGAGGCUAAAAUGUGUCUGCUGAUUAAAAAUGAUCACAUACGCCUUAAAAAUGUGGUCAGUCCAGUACAUAGUAACAAUGUUCUAGCAGUAAAUAAAUGAUGCCUCCCAACAGUCCCAGAUUUGGAGAGACUUUGGUGUCCUGUACCAAGUUUUUUAUCUGGUGUCCUGAUCAGCCACCAGUUAUUUUGUAAUAUAAAAAUAAAGUGUUUUUUUUUUUUAACUGAAGAUAUUCAUUAAUUUAUUUAUAUACCACUAGAGGCAAAGACAUUUAUGAAGAACUUGGAAACUAUUUGCAAUAACUGUAACACUGGAGGGGUCUUUCUACAGCAUGGUAUUAUAUACAAUGCUGGACUGAAAUUCAAAUCUGUAGAUUUCAGAUUUGAUGUGCUAAUGUUGCUUCAGGUCUUGCAGAUGUACAUACAUACAAAAAUUAUAUAUAGUGAGUGCUCUACUUUAGUUGGUAACCCAGUGUCGCAUGCACUAAUUCUAAUAGGGUGCUAAGUGGGAAAACAGGUCUUGUUACCACAUCAAGACCAUACACACACAUAGCAAGAAACCCACAACACAACUUGUUGCACAUAGCCGGUGUCAAUGCUAAAGUAAGACAGAGUCCCAUUUAAUAAACAUCCAAAUAUUUUCUGGAUAUUAUAGGCGCCAGCAGCUGGCAAAUGUAUAGACAUCAAUUAUUUAACAUUUUUUACUGCCACAUUUCUCUGGCGAGCAAUAGAACACCUACUUUCUAAAGUCGCCGUUUGUUGGUGGAUGCACACUUAUCCAACUGCUCUGAGUUGAUGAAUGCCACAUUUGCGUCCAGGUGGAUGCAUGAAUAGUCCUUCUAGAUGGGGAAAAUUAACCUAUGCUAAACAUGAUGUAGCACUAAUUACAGUGAUUAUUGGAAGCACCACCAUUUGGUUGCUGAGAUAGGUGAAUUUAAGUGGCCUUAUAAAAUGUAAAAAAAUAUUUUUAUGUGUGCGCUGUUCCUUAAUCUGUGUUAUGUAUACAUUUUGGUCACUAUGGCAGCACCAUUCCUGCAAAAUGCAUGUUCCGGUUGUGCCCCCAAUUCCCUUUCACCAUAUUGUUGUUGGCAUUUAAUCAUAACAAUUUGAGGUUUAUUUGAAUGCAAAUAUACCUCUAUUGUUUUUUUUUUUUGUUUUUUUUUAAACAUGUCCUUGCCUAUUAUAAACGUUUUACCCAUGGGUUUAACUGAUAAAUAUAUUUAAUGUGUACACUUUAUUUACCCAAGAUAAUAAAACACAUCUCGCACAGACUCGGAGUUCGACAACAGGCACGUCUGCAUGUCACACUCUUCGAUAUCCUCUGUAAAUGAGAGAGUAAACAGCGUUUUAUGCAGGUUUUGCUGUUGAUAAACGCCACAUUUGUCCAGUAUAUUUUGCAAUGUGUAUAUGAAAGCCGUUGUGUUUGAGUAAAUGAAGAGUGUAACUCUAAGUAUAGCAUUUAUUUACACAUGUUUAUCAGUUAGAAGCCAGCACCCAAUUAUUGGGAACAGAGCCAAGAGUGUAGUAGUGUGGUAGUGUAUUUUGAUGCCACAACCACCUGUCCAUUAAUAUCACAUUUAACCUUAGGAAUACUCCAGGACAGUUGCUAGCACAAUUCAUUGCAGAUACUAUGAUGAAAAGGGUUAUUAUUAAUGGCAUUACUGUAAAUAAACAUGUUCUCAGGUAACAGUGCAAAUCCCUCCCCCAUUCCUCUAGAGGUAAAGUAACAAGGAAUGCACACAAAUCCCAUAUGUUUACCACCUUCAGUUAAAUAAAUUACUAUAAUUAAUGUUCUGUAUUUUUCUUUAAUUUCUGUUACUGAUGAUGUGUAGCAGAGGCUUACAUGUUUAGGUGCCUACAUGUCUGUUAAAGGGAAGCAUUCACUAAGCAAAUAUUUGUGUCAGUGCAUGAAAGUAUGUUAAUGGUAACAUUUUCAAACAUGUUUGAACUCAUGUUUUUUCUGAUAAACAUAAUAAUGGCAUCUAUCUACUUUCUUUUAUAAUUCUAUUCCCCUUUAUUAUUUGUGUGACAAAUUAAUUUUAUAUGAUUUUCUCCGAACUCAUUUAUUCAAAUGGUACAUGGUCACACACAGAAAAUGUUUUACAAAAGUAGGUUGCUUAUUUUAGACAAAGCAGGACAGCAGAAUUUACCAUAAAACAUACUAAAUAAAUAUUUAAGAUAAUUAAGAUAUGUUAGGAUUGCUUUUGGAGAUAUUAUUUAUGGGGGGUAAAUAUUUAGACUUUAGCAGUUCCAAUUUUGCAGCUUAUUGAAUAUGUUAAUUUGAAAUGAUGUUGAUUUUAAAUGUUUUGACACUUUGUGUUCUCUGUUAUAGCAUAUGUUCCUGCAGAGGAAUUAAAGGCAGCUGAAAUUAAUGAAGACAAUGUGGAAGAUGAUGGACUUUCUCUUGAUGUCCAGGACAGUGACUAUCUGUACAGCGAGGAACCAGAAAUUAAAGAGAGUCAGAGCUACCAAAAUUCACCUGUCAGCAGUGCAACAAAUCAUGAUGCUGGCUAUGGUUCACCCUUCAGUGAGACCAGUGAUCAGUUAGCUGACUUCAAAAGUACUUCCUCCAAAGAUGGCCAAGAUAGAGAGGAUGGUCAAAAUGCGGACAAUGUGUCUUUCCCUCAGGACAGUUUGGCGCAAAUCAAAGCGGUUUAUACAAACCUGUUGUCAGAAUGCUGUUGGUCCAACAUUGGCUUGGAUUUAAAAAAAUCUAGUUCUACUACAAGCACCAACAAAAGCAGUCAGAGUGAGGAUGCAGAAGCAAAGUCUAGCCCUGUCACACCUACCGCCAUCACAAGCAGUAGUAGCAAUACAAACACAAGUACUAGCAUUAGCGUUAGUACAAGUAACACUUCAAAUAAUAACAAUGCAUCAGGAUAUGAUUGGCAUCAGGCUGCUUUAGCAAAAACAUUGCAGCAAACAUCUUAUGGACUACUGCCGGAACCCAGCCUAUUCAGCACAGUGCAACUUUAUAGGCAAAACAAUAAACUAUACGGCUCAGUUUUUACUGGUGCCAGCAAAUUUCGGUGCAAAGAUUGCAGUGCAGCUUAUGACACAUUAGUAGAGCUAACUGUGCACAUGAAUGAAACUGGACAUUACCGGGAUGACAAUAGAGAUAGGAAUUCUGAAAGAACAAGACGUUGGUCCAAGCCCAGGAAAAGAUCACUUAUGGAAAUGGAAGGUAAAGAGGAUGCACAGAAAGUGUUAAAAUGUAUGUAUUGUGGACAUUCAUUUGAAUCUUUGCAGGACCUUAGUGUACAUAUGAUUAAAACGAAGCAUUACCAAAAAGUGCCUCUGAAGGAGCCAGUACCAGCCAUCACAAAACUAGUUCCUUCAACAAAAAAAAGAGCACUUCAGGAUAUAGCUUCACCCGACUCACCUGAGCAAGCAGGGAUUUCCCCAGGGGCAUCAGCAAGUGAUGGUGCAAAGGACCCUAAAGCUGUCAAUCCAUAUGUGACUCCCAACAACCGGUAUGGCUACCAAAAUGGUGCCAGCUACACAUGGCAAUUUGAGGCUCGGAAGGCUCAGAUCUUAAAAUGCAUGGAGUGUGGUAGUUCUCAUGACACAUUACAGCAACUAACUGCUCACAUGAUGGUCACUGGACACUUCCUAAAGGUAACAAACUCUGCCUCUAAGAAAGGGAAGCAACUAGUUUUAGAUGCAGUUAUGGAAGAAAAAAUCCAAUCAAUACCUUUGCCCCCAACUACUCAUGCAAGGCUACCAGCAACCUAUAUAAAAAAACAACCGGAUUCCCCAACUGGAUCCACACAUUCCGAGGAGAGGAAAGAAUCAGAAAAGGAUAAAACUAACAAUGUUGAGCAAGAAAAGAAGAUCAAGGAAGAAAAUGAUGACUCUGAAAAGGUAGAGACUGCAACUUUGUACCAAUACCUCAGAGAAGAGGAUUUAGAUGAUAGUCCAAAAGGUGGGCUUGACAUCUUAAAAUCAUUAGAAAACACAGUGUCAAGUGCAAUCAGCAAGGCCCAGAAUGGGGCACCAUCAUGGGGGGGCUAUCCUAGUAUACAUGCUGCUUAUCAAUUACCAGGUACUGUAAAAGCAUUACAACCAACAGUACAAAGUGUUCAAAUGCAACCAUCGUAUGCCAGUAGUGUGAAGCCAUUAUCAUCUGAUCAUAAUGCUUUGAUCCAUUCCCCUGGAAGCAUAACACCACCACCUCACAAAAGUAAUGUCUCUGCAAUGGAAGAACUUGUAGAAAAGGUAACAGGUAAAAUCAAUGUGAAGAAAGAAGAAAAGCCUUUUGAGAAAGAAAAGACUCCUCCUGUCAAGCCAUUAUCACCAGUAGCUAAAGAAAAUAAAGACAUUCUUAAAUCUGAGGACACAAAUAGUAAAGUCCUUAAGAAAAACACAGAGCCUGAAAUUCAAAAAACAAAAAAAGAAACACAACUGGAACACCAUACACCAAAUGGUACAGAACCUCUUAAAACAAAAGUCACUAACGGGUGCAACAAUUUAGGAAUAAUCACAGACCAUUCACCUGAGCCAUCAUUUAUUAACCCACUUAGUGCAUUGCAGUCUAUAAUGAAUACUCAUUUAGGUAAAGUGUCCAAACCAGUAAGCCCUUCUUUGGAUCCAUUGGCUAUGUUGUACAAGAUUAGCAAUAGUAUGUUAGAUAAACCAAUUUAUCCUACAACACCGGUAAAGCAAGUAGAGUCUAUUGAGAGGUUUUAUUAUGAAAAUAGUGACCAGCCCAUUGAUUUGACAAAGUCCAAAAACAAACCCCUAGUGACAAGUAUGACAGAUCCAGUUUCAUCGCCUCUGAGAGAAAGUGCACUGAUGGAUAUUUCUGAUAUGGUAAAGAACCUCACUGGACGCUUAACCCCAAAAUCCUCUACUCCAUCUACUAUAUCAGAAAAAUCUGAUGCAGAUGCCAGCAGUUUUGAAGAGGCUUUGGAUGAGUUGUCACCUGUACAUAAGAGAAAAGGCAGGCAGUCCAACUGGAACCCACAACAUCUCCUUAUUCUCCAGGCUCAAUUUGCCUCCAGCUUACGGGAGACGCCUGAAGGGAAGUACAUAAUGUCGGACCUGGGCCCUCAAGAACGCGUCCAUAUUUCUAAAUUUACAGGUCUUUCUAUGACUACAAUUAGCCACUGGCUGGCCAAUGUUAAAUAUCAAUUAAGGAGGACAGGGGGAACAAAGUUUUUAAAAAACCUGGAUACAGGGCAUCCUGUUUUUUUUUGUAAUGACUGUGCCUCUCAGUUCCGGACUGCUUCCACAUACAUAAGUCAUUUAGAGACACAUCUAGGAUUUAGCUUGAAAGAUCUUUCAAAGCUCUCUCUUAAUCAGAUUCAAGAACAUCAGAAUGUUUCAAAAGUCAUCACCAACAAGGCUUUAAGCUCCAUUGGACUUAUUGAGGAGGAUUCAGGCUCCACAUUCCAGUGUAAGCUGUGCAAUCGAACAUUUGCAAGCAAGCACGCAGUUAAACUGCACCUUAGUAAGACACAUGGGAAGUCCCCAGAGGACCAUGUGAUAUAUGUAACUGAAAUGGAAAAACAGUAACAUCCAGUUAUGCAGUCAGGUAUGCAAGUGACCACAAGAACAUUGCACUAAACUUAUUCAUAAUUCUGCACUAGGCCUGACCUGAGCCUCUGAAAUCAGUCUUAUUUUUUGUUGCUGAACUGCCUAUCUGGAAUUUUUUUUUUUCUUACAUAUAUUUUAUAUUUAUAUUUAUAUGCUCUCUGUCUGAUUUGUGCAUGUUUUUAUUGUGAGUCAAUGUCUGACCUUUUAAUUUUCAACAUCUGUUCUUGAUGUUAAGCUAUCUUUUUGUAGAAUGUAGUGGGAAACACUAUUGAGAGACAUUAAUUUAGCCACAGAAAAACACAAAGAACAAUGAAAAAAGAAGAACAUCCUAAAAUUAACAGGUUGCCAUAACAAUAAGGUCAGAAAGUCUUGUGGUGUCAAGUUAACCCUUUGAGCACUGCCAUAGUAUUUCUGUGCCUUUUGGAAUAAAAGUGAAAUGUUAUUUAAUUCAAUUGUCAAGUCUGUACACAGCACAUAAUCUUUAAAAACAAAAUAACAUAUAUUGCUAUUUGCUUUUUGUCUUAACUUAAUUUUUAUUUUUAAAUUUUUUUUAAAUGCAGAAUUUUAUGCGACAAUAUGCAUGCAGCUCUGGGAUGAUGGAGGAAAACUUUCUCAGUACUCCUUGCGUUAGGAUACCACAUUGUGUAAAAGACAUUAUGUAAAAAUGUGACAGAAGAAUAUGAAUAUGAAAAUAUAUGUGUGUGUGUAUAUAUAUAUUUAUAUAUAUAUAUACAUAUAUAUAUAUAUAGAUACACAUUCUGUACUGAAUAUCUGAAUGCUGUUCUCAUUCAGGCAAAAAAAAGUAUGCAAAUAUGUUAUAAAAUAUGUAUAAAAUAUUUUGUUUCUGUGAAAUGCAUAUCACAGUUUAUAGUUAUUUGCAAAAAUAAGCUUUGGUACAAGGUUAUCUUCCUACACGUGCUGCAUUUAUACGCCCCUUUGCUACCAGCAAUUUAACUAUACAUUUCAUUGCAGGCCCCUUCUGGCUGACAAAAUAGCCGAAUAUUCUGGGUCAAAAAUUGAGUUUUGUUCUCUGUAAAUAGUAGACGUUAAUUUAAGAAUACAUGUUACAUAUCUUACCAAUUGAAACAGUUUUCGCUUCCUUUGUACCUUACGGCGGUAUACUUUCACUUUGAACUUUUUAUAUUGUCAUUUUAUAUUCAACUCCCUGUGUAUAUAAAAUGUAAAAUCACAUUUUUUUUUAAAUAAAAAUAAGUUCUUGCAGAUUGACUUAAGCAGAGAAAUUUUACUGGAGCCUGCAUCUUUUUUUUAAAGAUGCACGUAGAAAAGAAACUGACAAAAAAUAUAAAAAUUAAAUAAAUACAAAAUAAAGAAAUGCACUAUGAAUUAUACAUUUUGAUGUUCUAUCAUUAAUAUUGUACAGUACAUUUUGGUUCACACAAUUAAAUCCACUGUUUUCUCAAGUGUAAAAUAAACCCACAUGCAGUUCUUGAUUUACAUACAUUGUCAUGUCGUCAUUAUUUUGCUUUGAGGUGUUAUUUCAAAGUAAGCGGUAUUGCUUAUGCAAUCAACCAAGAUAAUUCUAUUCAAAAUCAUCUAUUCAUGAUCUGUAUCCUGACAUAUUUCAUUCAGGCUAUAUCCAUUAACAUGUUACAAGUAAGUCACAAUAGUUUCAAAUAGCGACAUGUACAGAACCAUUGCUGCAUUAACAAUUAAUGACGGGCAUUCUAUGUAUCCGUUUGUGUCUCAUUUGGAAUAAGGUGGUGCCUUGGAGUCUGAC